AAGCUGUCCACCCCGGCUGUCACUACGGCUACCGAACGGGACCAUUUAUUGUUUUCCUGUUUGAAGUCACGGAGUAACUGACCCACUCAGGGGUGGCCUUUUCCCCCAUCCUGCCUGUGGGCUGGUCUUUUGGCAGGUAUGAUGCCGUGUCGGGGCUGUCGGUCACGGCGCUCAGUGACACUCACACACAGUGCCUGGCUAUUCCAGGACAGGGUCUCCAUAGCACUAGAAUCACAAUCCUCUCUGACGUCACAUGUCCCGUGUCAGGCCUCCCCUCCCCAUACUGCGUGGUACAGUCCGGGUACCAUCCUUGGACUGUACCAUGUGCGGCGCUCCCAGGGGUGUCCCGCUGCGGGCCGGUAGUAGGCAGUGAUUGCAGCGCUGAGCUCUGUAUUGCCGGGCUGCGGUCACCGCUCUGUGUGCCGGCUCGCCGUCUCUCCAGUGACGCUGCUCUCAUGUCGCUCCCCCGCAGGUACCCGCGCUGAGCCGGCUGUUUUGAAAAGUUGUCUCCGCGGAGAGUCCUGCGUUACCCGAACCGUGAGAGCCGCGAGAGAGCCGGCGGCUCCGGCCCCACAGCCCGGCCGGCAUGAUGAACUCCGAGGAAGAGCCGCUGGCCGCCUGCCCUCUGCAUGUCCACGUCUGGAAUAACGACUACCGGGCUCUGGAGAGCGAGCUGCCGGGGAAGGUGAGGUCAGCCGCCGCACCGUGUGCCUGCUAAUGGGCUGGGAGUGUGUGUGUGACCCCGGAGGCUCUCAGUCAGUGUGUAUUGUAACCAUUGUGUAAUGGCAGUGUGUGUGUGUGACCCCGGAGGCUCAGUCCGUGUGUAUUGUAACCAUCGUGUAAUGGCAGUGUGUGAGAGAGAGAGAGCUGCGAGGAGGCCAUUCCCCGAAUGUUACAACAUGCUCUGUGCCUGAACGUAUGGCUAUCACAUGUACAUAACAAGGCGACCAUGACAGCCCCCAUCCCUGACACUGACUUACAAACACGCUGCACUCAGGGAUGGCUCUGAUCCUCAUUCUCUCUCUCUCUCAGGGCCCCUGCCAUGGCUGAGCAUAAUGGGAAAUGUAGUUCAGAAACAUCUGGGGAGCUAAAUGUUGCCAUCACUGUUAUACAGAGAUUUGGAUAACUCUAUAAGGGUUCCUAUCUGGUUGUCAUGUAUUUGUCACAUCGUCUUUAAAUUGGACCCAUGGCAGCCUUGAUGUUCGCUUUGCACUUACAAUAAUAUGAUGUCACAUCCAGCAGUUUUACUCAAAUAUAUUUGUGGUUUUGUUUUUUGUUUUUAAUUUUAUUUUGUUGAGUAAUCAUCAAUGGCAACAUUAGAAGUUCGUGUGCUAAAUGAUUUAUUCACCAAACAUUGUGAUGAGCUGAAAGUCAACUUUUAAAAUCUAGGCGAAAAAGAGCCACAAAGUGACAACAACAUAAUUGGAAAAAAAUAUAUAUAAAAUCAUGUAAGCCGUUUUGAAAGAAAUAUUGCAAAUCUGGUUUUGGUUCAGUGCAAUUCACUAAGUAGUGCUUAAACUCUAAAGUCUUUUGUUCUCUUCCUGCAGCAGUGGCUUCAGCUGUUUUAUGACACGCACCCAAUGCAGUCAGAUUGUGUACUGUAUUAUUGCUGUCAUCAGACCUGAUUUGUAUCUUGAGUAUCGUGGAUACGCUGACUGCAGCUCAUAUGUAUAGUAUACUUAUUUGUAAACUUGCCAUCCCCAUUUAAUUUUUUUUUUUUUUUUUUUUAUAACAGCACUAUGAUACAUAAAAGUAAUAAUUUCAAGCUCAUCAGUUUACGUGUACUAAAUGCCUGAAAGUAAGUUGCAUGGUUCAUUUCAUUACAAAAAGAUGAAUGCUUUGGAUGGAAGUACAAAUUUGGCUAAAAUAAUCAAAUUUGCCCUUUGACUAGCCAACUGGAUUACAUAUAGCAAAUGGUUGGUUGAAAAUGCCGAAUUUGAACAGCUGGGUCUUUUUCAGUGCUUAGCAACCAGAUCCUUCAAUAUCUCUUUUAAUUAUGCCUGUUCAUGGAAGGGGCUUUUGCUUUCAAAAGGUUUGGCUAAAAGUCAUUGAGGCAUCCACUGCCUGACCCCUGCUUGUCAGAAUUCCAAAUACAGACACAUCUUGAAUUUUGGAAUUGAAACUUCCAACGAACAGGGUCUGAACCUUGGUUACCAAAGGCUUGACCAGGAACCAGGUAACACGGCACACAUCCUCGUAGUACCAUCACUAAUACAUCAAUGUAUACUGGUUGUUACACUUAUACUGCUCCUUUAAAAGGAAAUUAUACACUGAUCAGCCACAACAUUUUUAUAAAGGGAUUAUAUUGUUACAAUGGCACCUGUCAAAUUGUGGGAUAUAUUGGGCACCAAGUAAAGAGUCAGUCUAAGAGCCAAAUAGUGAUGGCUAGACUACUGGAGCAGAGCAUGGCAGGUUUUGUGGGGUGUUCAUGUCAUGCAGUGGUUAGUAUCUCCCAAAAGUGGUGCAAGAAAGGUCAACCGGUAAAGGGCCUGGGUUCUCAAGAGUCAUUAAUGCAUGUGGGGUGUUAAGACUAGCACAUCUGGUUUGAUCACACAGAAAAAUGACUGUAGUUUAGAUUGCUAAAAAAACAACAACUUAAUGCUGACCAUCAUAGAAAGGUGUUAGAACACACCAUCAUAGUUUGGUGCAGAGCGGUCAGAGUGCCCUUGAUGACCCCUGUCCACUGCAGAAAGCGCUUUCAUUUGAGACGUUCACAUCAGAACUGGACCAUUGAGCAAUGGAAAAAGGUGGGCCUCCAAAUUCUACAGAUCUCAAUCCGAUUUAAGCAUCUUUGUGAUGUGCUGGAACCAAAAAUACAAUCCAUGGAGCCUCCACCUCACAACUUGUAGGACUUAAAGGAUCUGCUGCUAAUGUCUUGGUGACCGAUAUCACUGAAAAUGUUCAGAAGUCUUGUGGAGUCUAUGGCUUGACUCAUCAUGUUUUGCAGCACAAGGUGGGCCUACGUGAUAUUAGGCAGAUGUUUAAAUGGUGUGUGUGUGUGUGUGUGUUGUUGAAUCAAUGCAUCUCUAUGAGGAACGUUCAGUGCCUUCAUGCAGAUCGUGGAGGUGCUGAAUGUCAGUGCUGCACAUUGUGCAAUACUGACCCCUGAAGUCUUAAGUGAUUGCCACUAGAGGUAUUCCUAGGCCAUAAUGUAAACACUGCAUUUUCUCUGAAAAGACAUUGUUUGAAAUUUUGCACCUUCCACAGUCUUACCAAAAACAGUAUAAUCACCUCUACGUUGUCUAGGAAUUGCAGUGAAAUUUCAGGGAAAUUCCAAUACAUUUGGCAUGAGAUGUUCCUAAAGAUUCUAUCUUGAGUAGUGACUUCACCGUGUCUUAUUGUUGCUAAAACGCUUGCAUUACUCAGUAUCUGAGAUACAGCUUCCUCAUAUGAUUCUAAUGCAUUAAUGUCUAGGGUUUACAGGAAGUAGUGCAGUAAACAAAAAUCACCAAGUGAGUUUCAUUUAUGUGUGAGAUUACCUUGUUAAAGAAACACUACAGCGUUAGGAAUUCUAACCUGUCAGAGUUACAACCACUAAAGGUGGUUUUAGGCACCAGUUUAAACAUUGCCAAGGCCACAAAGUCUGUCUGUGUGCCCCAGGACCAUUAUUUUACGCUGUAUUGAUAUUGGUGCUUAUAGUUUCCUUUUAGUUAGACUCUUUGAAGCAGAUAGACAGCAAAUCCUUAACCAUUCUGCAAAUGAUGUACUUUGCAUCUUAAGCAGAGGGUCUAAAUAGAAACUGGAGGGAUAUCACAUUAUCAUAGCAAUAAGUUGUUGUGGUGCUUGCAUUGUCCCUUUAAAUCAUGUAUAGUUGUAAAUGGACAAUAUUUAUACAUGUUCUUUGUAUGUAGUGACUAUCACAUAUUGAUACAAAGAGACAGGCUUCCAUAAAGGGAUACUAUGGUAUCAGAAAACAAACGUAUUCCUGACACUAUAGUCCUGAAGUGGCUGUUUAGGUGAUUUGCCCCCUCUUUGCAUAUAUAUAUAUAUAUAUAUAUAUAUAUAUAUAAAUAUUUUUCAAUGUAGGGUAAUAGCUUCUCGAUCCAAAGAUAAAUCUGCCAUUCUGGGGUCCAGAGGGAAUUUUUUUUUCCUAGUUUGUUACAAAAUUGGAAGUGCUUCAAACUGGGGAUUUUUACCUUCUUUUGGAUCAAGGGCAAAAAACAAAUGUGAAGAAGGCUGAACUUGAUGGGCACAUGUCUCUUUUCAGCCUAUGUAACUAUAUGUCUUGCUGCAGCUUGGCCCGUCUGCCUCUGCCUCCAUGGCUGAGAUCAUUAAUCCUGAUGAUCCCAGCCAAUCCAAUGCUAUCCCACAGGAAAGCUUUGGAAGGCUAUUGCACAUGUUCAACAAAACGCUGCGUUGCCUCUGUAAGUUUCUCCUCAUAGAGAUGCAUUUAAUCAAUGCAUCUUUAUGGGGAGUGUUCAGCAUCUGUGUGACUCUGUGUUAAUCUGAAAAGGCAAUAUUUACAGUUCUAUCAGUACAGGGACAUGCUAUAGUUACCAGAACCACUACAUUAAACUGUAGUGGUUCUGGUGACUAUAGGGUCCCUUUAUAAAGGACACUAUAGGCACCCAGACCACUACAUCAUAAUGAAGUGGUCUGGUUGCCACUGCAUUCUCAAUUUAACAAGGUAAAUCUGAUGAUCUCAGCAUAGAUGCAGAGCCUGUCGCACAGGGGCAGCUGAACAUGGGCUAAAAGGCAAGUAAAAACCUUUUUUAAUCAUGGGGUCCUCGUCUAACAGGUGACUAGAACACUAUAGUGUUCUUUUAAUAAUCAAAGUUAUACAGAUGCCUCGAAUACCCCUUUUCUGAGCAAUUUUACCUUUACAUCAUUCUCUUAGUAUAAUUUUCUUACAACAGUGAAACUAUGUCCUAGGACAUUACACAUAAUAUACGUUUAUUUUUCUAGCAGCUUUAUAUGCUUGAACUCUGAGCAUAUAUUUCACAGCUGAUACAGUUCCUGUACAAGCAGUAGAAGACCUGAUCACUUUAAAGGAACACUAUAGGGUCAGGAACACAAACAUGUAUUCCUGACCCUAUAAUGUUAAAACCACCCUCAUGCUCCCAUCCUGGCUCCUCCUUGCCUCCCUAAAUAUAGUAAAAUCUUACUUGUAUUAAAGUCUGCAAUUGCUGCUGCCUCUGCCCCUGAUCUACUUGCAUGCCUGACAUCAUCAGAAGUCAUUCUGUGAGCCAGCCGCAAUGCUUUCCCAUAGGAUUUACUGAGACUGUCAAGGAGGCAGAUCAGGGGCACAGCCAGCACUAUUCAAACAUGGCCCUGGCCAAUCAGCAUCUCUUCAUAGAGAUCCAUUGAAUCAAUGCAUCUCUAUGAGGAAAGUUCAGUGUCUGCAUGCUGAGGGUGGAGACACUGAAUGGUAGUACUGCACAGUGUGCAGCACUGUCCUAGGAGGUACCUCUAGUAGCCAUCUGAGGAGUGGUCAAUGGAGUUAUCCCUAGGCUGUAAUGGAAACACUGCAUUUUCUCUGAAAACACAGAGUUUAUUGCAAAAAGCCUGAAGGGAAUAAUUAUACUCACCAGAACAGAUCCAAUAAGCUGUAGUUGUUCUGGUGACUAUAGUGUCCCUUUAAUUUCACGAGUCCUGUCAUUUUAUGUACCUGGGCCUACAAUCAAUCUGUUAGCUUGGUCCUAGCGGGUAUUCAUGGUGCAGUGUCACAAGUCAUCACAGGAGUGCACAUGUACAGUCUGCAUAAUUGUAGUCCGCACAAUCAAUGCUGUUUGAACAGUCUUUGAUGAUAUGGGAAAAUGUUCUACAGACCUCGCUGUGGCUAAGAAACAAGUUAAUUCUACCAGGGAGAACAGAUCACAACAUUAAAAGUGAAAGCAUCCAGGUCGCCCAAGGUAAACACAGGUGUGAACAUAUAGAUAGGGAUUUAAACAAAGGCGCACUGUAGUCUGUAUUUCUAUUUGUAUGUAUUUUUAUUAUGUACGAAGCACCAACUUAUUCAGCUGUGCUGUAUAAUAGUGUGUAUGUCACCAGCUAAAUAAAUAAAUAAAUAAUAAUAAUAAUAAUAAAGAAGAAUAACUUUUGGACAUACCAUCAAUUUCUCAUAAAUUCCCCGGUCAUUUAAUUAAGAUAGUUAAGAAAUAUACAUUUGUCUGGACAGAGGAAUUACACUGCUGUGAGAAAGCUGUUUAAUUAGCCUUGCAUUUGUAUGUGGAUAGACCAGUCUGACCUGCCCACCUGUACCUACCUACUGUAACUGUACAAAGUCUGCUGUUUUGCACUGCUAUCUUUCCAGUGCAUUAUCCUGAAUAACAGUAAUUCUUGAGGAAAAGAACAGAGUUGAUGUACUCUUGAGCCUGAUGUAAGGAGUUUCCAAUGGCAAGGACUAGUAUCUGAACUGAACAUUGGCUGCAGCAUUCUUGAGUGCUUGGAGAAGGUGUGCAAAUAUUAGGAUGUCACAACACUGAGUGGGUAAUGGAUACACAUUGCUUGGAGUAGGUGUACAGAAAUUAAAAUGUCACAAAGCUGAGUGGGAAUAGAUACACAUUGCUUGGAGUAGGUGUACAGAAAUUAAAAUGCUGCAAAGCUGAGUGGGAAUAGAUACACAUUGCUUGGAGUAGGUGUACAGAAAUUAGAGGUUCUGUAAUGCCAUACUUACCUUUCUUAAAUUGAGUCUGCUUCUCUCUCUAUCCAAAUCAGGACUUCAUUUUUUCCUUUCAGAUGUUCUUCGUGUAAAAUACAUACUACGAAGUAGGAACUACUUUGUCUUCUGCAUUUUUCCUAUGCUCAAGCUCCACUUCCUUUGUCAAGCUCGGUAUUCCCUAAAUUUUUUACCUGCCUGUUGUGUCCCUCAACUGUAUUGUCGCCAGGUGGUCACAUAACCAUGGAUGAGUAGUCUAAAGCAGGCAUGUGUAGGAAUUUGUAUGCAGGUUUGGAGUGUCUGCAGGCGGGGCAAGGAGAUUUCAUCAUUGAAAUUGAAGUGAUUUUUGCAUUUAUUUACUCUGUUUUUGCAUGUCCCUUUUUUUUAUGUCAUUUUUUGCACUGUCACUUUUGUGUGUUGUGGUUGUUUUUGUUUUGUUUUUCAUUAUUAAAAUGUUAAUGACGUAAUUCUGUAUUUUGGGAUCAAGAAUCUGGAUUCACAAACCUGAAGACCGUAAUAGUAUAUAUGGAAACAUGUUUUUCUAAAUAGUUUUUUAUGUGUUGGUUAAUCUAAUUUGCAUGGGAAGCCAAUACAUUUUCUUAGUGGUGGCAGCUUUUCAUAAUAGAGUUAAGUGUGGGUGGCGCUAAGCAGGAUUUGUUUAUCAGUAUUUUUGGUGUAUUGCAGACAAAUAGUGAUUUUUAACCCUUCCACCAAGAGAUCCAAGUUGCAUGCAUGCUUGGAGUAGUGUCUUCUCUGACCAGAAUAUAGGAAAAUUUACAAGACGUGCAAAAAGUCCUUUGAAGCAGUGCAUCUGAAAUAUAUUCCUUUAAAUUUAUGCCAGAACGCAAUCGUCUGUCCACUAGAGGAUUCAAUAUUUAUUUAAAACCCUUAUAUCCCUGUGAUCUCUAGGUCACCAGAUUUCAUAAAUUAUUCCACUGAGCUCCACUGUAACGACGCAUCCCCUAUCUUAGGCUAAAGGUGGUAUAGGGGGUACGGGAACUCUGAAGAUUGGGAGACAUCAGGCUACACGAGAUUCUGGUCCCCUUUUCUGAUAUUUUCAUUAAAUAGGAUUAAUUUAGAUAAUUUUAUAAAUACUUACCAAUUUAAAAUUACCUGUCCCUUUCUCCAAAUCUAGAGCCUUCUCAGGGCUCUCUGGUACUCACUUGGCUACUUAACAUACCUUGGCCAAAAAUGAAUAUCACAAUGCUAUUUUUAUUUUUAAAAAUUUCCUGAACCUUGUUCAUACAAAGCACAGUGGCCCACUGACCUACAUAGAGAAAAAAAUGGAGCAGUGAAUAUCAUCAAGAGGGCUAACACAUUGCACUUCCAACGUUGAGUUACUCUAUAAAAUUGUAAUGCAGGGCUUGACAAAUUCCAGGCAGCAGGUUGCCACAGCGUCUAAGAAUUUUGUUCUGGCGACUGGGAUUCCAGCCCACACUCAUUCCUCAAAGCGGGCCUCCAGCCUGUCCCGUUCCGCUGAGCGGGCCUCCAGCCUGUCCCGUUCCGCUGAACCAGCUGCCUCAGCCAUUCCCCUCGCCACCCUUCUGAGUCCAAAAGGUAGGAAACAGGGUGGCUAAAAAAUAUUGUGUGUGUGCGCGUUUGCACGUGUAACUGUUAUGUUGUGUAUCUGUAAAUCUUUGUGUGGGUAUGUGUAUCUAUUUGAGUAUCAAAUAAUAAAUACUUUGUGACUGUGUGAGAGUCUGUGUCUGUCUGUCAGUGUGUGUGUGUGUGACUGAGUUUACAUUGAAAAGCCUGCAGGGACAGGCUAUAGAUAAUAAAGCCACUGCAUUAAGCUGUAGUAGUUCUGGUGACUAUAGUGUCCUUUAAGAAUUUUUUUUUUUGUCAUUUAAAAAAAGAAAACUGGCUUCUAGAUUGAAAGCAAAUUUGUCAAGCCCUGUUGUAAUGAGAUGUUAUGUUGUGCCAGCAAGGUUUUCUGUGUUUGGUUCAUUGACACAUUGGUGUUGGAGAUUCUGUGGCAGUAGAUGAACAUAUCUUCAUGUGUGAUGGGACUGACUCUUUUUAACCCCUUAAGGACUGGACUGUUUUUGCGAUGUUGUACAUUUGCGACCAGGCCUCUUUUUACACUUUUGUGGUGUUUGUGUUUAGCUGUAAUUUUCCGCUCUCUCAUUUACGGUUCCUAUACAAAUUAUAUAUUGAUUUUUUUUUUCAGGACAAAAAAGGCUUUCUUUACAUACCAUUAUUUAUAUAAUCUCAUGUAAUUUAAGUUAAAAAAAUAUGAUGAAGAGAAAAAAAUACAUGUUUUUUUACUUUUACUUGAAAAAUCUUUUACUCCUCUACAAAAGCAAUAAGAAAAAACUGCUAAAUAGAUGCAAAAUUGUGUCCUAUGUUUUAAAAUACCCAGUGUUUACAUGCUUUUUUGCAAGUUAUAGGGCUAUAGGUACAAGUAGGAUAUUGCGGUUUCAAAAAAUAAUUUUUUUUCAAAUUUAUCAAUAGUGACGUAACACUAUUAUCCGUCAAAAAUCUCUGAAUAACACCCCACAUGUAUAUAUAUAUUUUUUUAAAGUAGACAACCCAGGGUAUUCAAUAUGGGGUAUGUCCAGUCUUUUUUUAGUAGCCAUCUAGUCGCAAACACUGGCCAAAGUUAGCGUUCAUAUUUGUUUGUGUGUGGGGGGAAAAAGUAAAAACACUAAAUUGAACGCUAAUUUUGGCCAGUGUUUGUGACUAAGUGGUUACUAAAAAAGACUGGACAUACCACAUUUGCAAUACCUUGGGUUGUCUUCUUUUGCAAAUGGUAUGCCAUCAUGGGGGUAAUUCUCAUUCCUGGGCUACCAUACGCUCUCAAAGGCAACGUAACCAACCUGGCCAUUUUCAAUGUACAUGGGAGGUACUGUUAUACUAGAGAGACUUUGCUGAACACAAAUAUUAGUGUUUCAAAACAGGAAAACGUAUCACAACAAUUAUAUCAUUAGUAAAAGUGCAGUUUGUGUGUGAAAAAUAAGAAAAAAAGUCACUUUCACUGACAAUAUCAUCGAUGUGAUAGGUUUUACUGUUUUGAAUCACUAAUAUGUGUUUAGCGAAGUCUCCCGAGUAAAACGGUACCCCCCAUGUACAGGUUUUAGGGUGUCAUAGAAAGUUACAGAGUAAAAUACAGUGCUAGCAAAUUAAAUUCUCUGAACUUUCGGCCUGGGUUGGCAGGCAGGUCCCUCAAAUUGCAAUUAAUAAAAUUACUAAAUUAUGUAAAAAUAUUACAUAAAUACGCACGUAGAAUUUAAAUGUAUAUGCAUAUUUAUAUAUUUGAACUCUGCGUGUAUAUUUAUAUAAUUAUUUAUGUAAUUUUGUAUAUGGACAUAUGUAUAUUUCGUAUUAUUUUUAUAUAUAUAUAUAAUAUAAUUACAAUUUCAUUCUAAGUGUAUUUUGAUAUAAAUAUAUAUUUUAAUAUGAAAAUAGAAUAAAAUUUCAUAUAGAUAUAAUUUAAACAUUUUUUUUAAAUUUAAUUUACUUAUUUGUAUUUUAAUAUAUAUAUAUAUAUAUAUAUAUAUAUAUAUAUAUAUAUAUAUAUAUAUAUAUAUAUAUAUAUAUAUAUAUAUAUAUAUAUAUAUAUAUAUAUAUAUAUAUAUAUAUAUAUAUAUAUACAGCAAAAAUAGUUCCUGCACUCACGCUGAAAUGUCCCUUUGUGACCGGGUGCCAACCAUGUAUAGCCCAGAGAAUACAAAAAUAGAAAAAGGUGGUUGCACUCACGGUUUUUGAAUUAAAAGUCCAAAGUUUAAUGUCACAUACUAAAAGCUGAGAUCAACGUUUCAGUCCUUCCAUGAGGACUUUCAUCAGGAUCAUAAAAACAGACAUAGUACAAAUAGCAUAUUUAUAUACAACAUAAUUAAUUAAAUCAAACUAUUUUAGGUGAAUCAGCUUACCCCCAAUGAGUCUUGCUGCCUGAUCGGUGUCCCAGUGCCCCGUGUGCGCAUGCGUGAAUAAGCUCCGCCCCACAUAGUGACAUCAUCUUACAUCGACGUGCCCGACCGUAACCAUAGCGACGCGGGCAUGAAAAACCCGUCGCUAUGGGAAUAAAGUACAAGUGGAUGAAAACAUCAAGUUUCAAUGAUCAUAAAGAUCAAUAUAUUCAAUUGUGUGUAAUGUUUAUAAACCAGUGAACUAGCGUGUCUGUGAUAUUGCAUCAAUAACAGCCAUGUCACAUUAUAAAAGUGUGGCUGAAUGGCGUUAACUAGAAAAGUGCUAUGUGCAAAUAAAGUGCCAGUAAAUGAUUACUCAGUUACACCUGGUAAAGUGUAGUGAUUGGGUUAAUAUUAAAAUGAGUGAAUGUUUGGAUACAAAGUGAUGAUUAAGUGCUGAUAAAAAUUUAAAGUGACUGAGUGCUAUUCAUGCUACAUAUAAACUGUGCAGAAUUGUAUAUAAUAAUAAAAAUACUAAUUGCUUUCACUAGUAUACACACAAAGGAUAUCAAUUUGAGAAAUGGAAACCAGAGUACUGAAAAUUGAUCAUAAUAGUAACUAUAAUGAUUCCCAAGUACUGGUUAACAUAAUCUCAAAUUGUAUCAUUAAAAACAAUAAUGUAACAAUAUAACAAGCUGGAGUUGAUCUGAUAAGGCUACAAGAAUAUUAUUGCACUAAGUCACAUUAUUACAUAUGCCUAGAAGCAGCAACAUAUAGGAAAAAUUCUUUCACCAAAUAAAUUUCGUUUAUAAGGUCCUCUUGCGGAACGUAUUAUGUGUAAAUAAAUAUAUACCCUAGUUCAAUACGGUUACCUUAUUGUAGGGUUUUAAGAAGAUAGUUGUUACCCAAUUAUGGAUCUACAAAGAAGAUUUGUUGGAAUAAAUAUUACAACAGGUGAAUUAAAGUUACAGGAAGGAAUGAAACGAAAUAUGUUCAUUUAACCCUUUGGGGAAUACCGUGUCCAAUUCAAAGAUCCAAAAAGUCUCUCUGUUCAACAGAAAUUUCCCUCGAUCCCCCGCUCUGUUUGAUGCUGAAACAUGUUCAAUUGCCACAAAUUUUAAAGUGGCCAGUGAGUGUCCCAUCUGCAAAAAGUGUUUAGCAACUGGUUUAUCCGACACUCCAUCCCUAUACGCCAAUCGGAUGCUUGAUCGGUGUCCUCUUAUCCUUUCGCAUAGCGCCGUUUCUGUUUUUCCUAUAUAUACUAGGCCACAUGGACACAUUAGUUUAUAAAUAACGUGUGUAGUUCUGCACGUUAUAGUACUCUUGAUGGGGUAUUGUUUGUUCGUGUGUGGGUGAAGAAAACUUUUUGCUGGCGUCAUGUGUCCACAUGUAACGCACCCAAGGCAUCGAACACAACCCCGAUUUUGAAUAAACGUGUUGUCUGAGUAGCUUAGUAUAGGAUCUGUGUUUACUAGUAAAUCUUUUAAGUUUUUAUUUCUUUUAUAACAAAUAAGCGGUUUUUCACGGAAUACUUUGGGAAGAGUGUCGUCCGUUGCCAGAAUUCUCCAGUUCUUUCUUAUCACAGAGGAAAUAGACUGGGUGGAUUUGUGGUACGUAGUAGGGAAGACCAAUCUUUGAGUUGGUGCUUGUUCUCUAGGUAUCCGGGGUUCCUUAGCUACUUCCAAUGCUUGGUCUAACGCCGAGCGUUGAUAUCCUCGUUGUAAAAAUUUAUUAGUCAUCUCUGAUAAUUGUCUCUCCUUAGUAGUCUCAUCAGAGUUAUUCCUCAUCACCCUUAGAUAUUGCGCUUUAGGGAGUGAUUUUAUCAAUGAUUGUGGAUGGGCACUAUUUGCAUGCAAUAGAGUAUUUCUAUCCGUCUUCUUGGUAUAAAGACUAUACUCAAUCUUGCAAUUGCCGAUAACUAACUCCACAUCCAGAUACUGAACUCUCUCGGGACUAAUGUGUGCCGUCAGUCUUAUAGGCACCGGUAGUUGGUUAAGGCUCUCCACCAUCUCAGAUGCCUCCAUCGCUGUACCUUUCCAGAUGAUCAAAAGAUCAUCUAUAUAGCGAUAAUAUCCUAGGAUUGAGUGGUUGUAAGGUGUCAAGAUGUGACGCUUUUCAUACGAAUACAUAUAUGCAUUAGCGUACAUGGGGGCCAUCGCCGCCCCCAUUGACGUACCAGACACCUGUAAAUACCACGAAUUCUCAAAACGAAAAUAGUUCUUUUCCAAGGCUAAUGUGAGGAUUUCCAUGACAAACUCAAUGGGAGGUCCCUUGUACACUGUUGAGGCUAAUAAUACCUGGCGCAUAGCCUCUAUUCCCUCCUCGUGUGGAAUCACCGUGUAUAAACUACUCACAUCCAUGGUGAUGAGUAGUGGUUGGUGUCCUCCAAAAUCAAUGUUGCCAAUUCUAUUGAGUAAUGUAGGUGUGUCUUUGAUGCAGGUUUCCAAUUGUUCUAUUGUUUCUUUAAACAAAUAGUCAAGCCAUUUGGCUAAGGGUUCAAUGAUUCCAUUAAUAGCGGAUACUAUGGGACGGCCUGGGGGAUGCUGAGCGUUCUUAUGUAUCUUUGGGAUACUGUAAAUGAUAGGACUUCGCGGGUUUUGCUGAUUGAGAAACUGAAACAGUUCCAUGUCAAUGAAGCCAGCUCUUAGACCCAUGGAAAGUGUGUCAUAUAUCGUAUUUUGAAAUUCCACUGUAGGGUCGUGAUCUAAUGGUAGAUAAGUAUCCAUAUCCUGUAGUUGGUUUUUGAUUUCCCCCGCGUAGUCCACAUAAUCCAUUAUAACAAUCCCUCCUCCCUUAUCCGCAGACCGUAUAACAAUGGAAUGAUCCUCUGAUAAAUUUCUAAUAAGCUUUCUCUGGUGUUUCGUGAUGUUAUGCCUCUUGUAUUUGGGCUUGGAUAACGUAUUGUGUACCUCUUUAUUAGUCAGUGACAAGAAGGUCUUGAUAGAUGAUUUAUUGGUUAUCGGUUGCUGGAAUCAUAUGUCCACAAGUAAUACACCCCAGACAUCAUAUGCUUCCCCGUAUGUUGUGCUUGACUGUUUUAGAAUAACUUUCCACAGGGUCUGUACGUACUAACAUGUCCUUAAGUUAUUCUAAAACAGUCAAGCACAACAUACGGGGAAGCAUACGAUGUCUGGGGUGUAUUACUUGUGGACAUAUGAUUCCAGCAAAGAAGGGCUCAUACACCGAUGGGUCAAAUUUUAGUGGCUUUAUUAUCACUUUAAUGAAGUGUCACUUACCUAGGUUCACUAGGUGUUCGUGUGGUUAGGGAUAUAUGAUACACAAUGAGCCCAUCACAAGAUUUGUUUUAAAAUAAGUUUAUUGUUGUUCUGUUGUCUCUGACCCUGAGGAAGGUCCCGAUCGGGGACCGAAACGUUGGUCAUCAUUUUUAAAUAUUUUCAAUAAAAUCUUUGACUUUAAGUCCGGAGAGCAGCCUUUUCUUGUGGAAGAGAUAUAUAUAUAUAUAUAUAUAUAUAUAUAUAUAUAUAUAUAUAUAUAUAUAUAUAUAUAUAUAUAUAUAUAUAUAUAUAUGUGUGUAAUUUAAUUAUUAUAUAUAUAUCAUACUAAGUGUAUUAUAUUAAUAUAAAAAUACACUUAGUAUGACAUUUUUAUAUAUAUACCAGUAGAGAGCACUCAGGAGUCUUUCAAUUUGUAAAGACUCCUGUGUGCUCUCUACUGGUAUUGUAUACAAUUUGGUUGGAGACAGCACGGGAGCAUUGAGUGCUGGGAAUAUAUAUAUGUGUGUAUAUGUAUGUAUAUAUAUAUAUAUAUAUUCUAUCCUUUAUUUUAUUUUUUGAUUUUACACUAGCAGGGAGAAUGCCUGUCAGCUCUGUUGAGCGAUCACAUGGCCCCAGGGGUCCUAAUCCGCUGUGGGGAGACUGUCAGUCUGCCCACACCGGGAGCACCGCCAAUCGCCGCCGGGGUAACGACGGCGAUCGGGUAAGUACAUUGGACCGUUAGGACGGUUCAGGACCGUCAUCGGUCGGCAAUGGAAAAAUGCAGAUGACGGUCCUGAACUGUCCUCGGUCCUGAAGUGGUUGAAGACCCUUCAGGAGGCUAUUUUUCAGCUGAUUUCAAUAUGAAUUGCAGUUUCUAUACACUUAACCCAGGCAUGGCUUUACUUAAAGGGACACUCCAGGCACCCAGACCACUUCUGCCCAUUGGAGUGGUCUGGGUGCCAUCUCCCACUACCCUUAACCCUGCAAGUGUAAUUAUUGCAGUUUUUUUUAAAACGGAAAUAAUUACCUUGCAGGGUUAACUCCUCCUCUAGUGGCUGUCUACUAGACAGCCACUAGAGGGCACUUCCUGCUCUAUAGCACAGAAAACCUGUGCUAGAGCGUCACUGGAUGUCCUCGCGCUGUGCAUUAGGUCUCCCCUGCUGGUGGGCGGGAUCAGUCUUGCCCACCGGCCGACGUAAUGACUGGGAGGAGCAGCGGCAAGAAGAAACCACCGCCGGGGAUUGGGAGGUGGGAGGGUGAGGGGACCUGCAGUGCCAGGAAAACGGAUUGUUUUCCUGGCACUGGAGUUUUCCUUUAAUAUUUUCUGCUCUACUAUUCCAAAACCAUUAAAACCUACUGUGUUAUUUAUUUGUCGCCACUGAAAAGCAAUAGUCAAACACUGACAUAGUGUCUCUAUUCCCUUCCUAGCCCAAUCCAUGGAGAUUUUAACAAUCCAUCGAAUGCAGGAAAAAAUAUUUAAUAGAAGGAACAUUAUAUAAAUUCCAUGAGUUUUGAGGCACCCUAUCUCUGCCUUCUGAUUGAAUCACAUGCUCUGUACCUGUGUUGCCUUGGUUCUCAACCUCUUGUUGCAGCACAUAAUAUUCAGUGUAUUAUUUAAUUUAUUAUGUUUUGGAUGAUGUUUUUCCUGCCAUGUUUGCAUAACUCUCUAUGUGGCAAAAUGUAUGAAUGCUAAAACCUCCCUAACUUAUAACUCUCUUAUCACACAAUACCUGCAUCAAUGACUACUUUCAUUGCCUAACUACUGAUAAACUUGUCACUCUCUUCUGGUGUCACAUCAACAUUAUCUGUUUGUACAUCGAUGCUUGAAAAGUCUCAAACUUUCUUCAAGUGGGGAGAAAUUUUUUUUUUCACUGGCUAGUGAUAAUUUAUCCCUGGGGAGUGUGACCCCCAAGCUUGCAGUGGCAAGUAACUUUUAAAGCCUGGCUAGUACUUGGCAUUGGACUUUAAAUUCUAAACCUUGUUUAUAUUACUACAUGAUGAUUUGUCUGCAGCAUGAAGUUCCAUGUUCCAGGCAUCGUACUUAUUACAAGAGAAAGUGACUUUAAAAAAAAUAAAAAAAUGUUAUAGCAUUAUUCAUUUUUUCCUUACAGGAUAUUGAGCAGCUGGAUCCCCGAGGAAGGACUGCACUCCACCUUGCUGUUUCUUUGGGACAUCUUGAAUCAGCCAGAGUUCUUCUUAGACACAAGGCGGAUGUCACCAAAGAGAACCGCGAGGGCUGGACAGGUUAGCUACUUCAUUUACCACAUGAUCAAAAUGUGCUAAGUAGUGAAAAACCUAUUGUCAUCUUUGACCUGCACAACUCCCAGUAAAAGUAAAAUCGUUAUGAAUGUUAACAUGGAUGCAUUUACUUUUAAUGGGAACACUGCUUUUUUAUUUCCGUCCUGCAACAACGUAAAGGGACACUAUAGUCACCAGAACAACUACAGCUUAAUGUAGUUGUUCUGGUGAGCAUAGACUGUCUCUGCAGGCUUUUUAAUGUAAAUUCUGCCUUUUUAUAAGAAAAAGGAGAAAAGGCAGUGUUUACAUUGUUUUCUAGGUACACCUCCAGUGGCAGUCACUCAGAUCAGGGCCGUCUAUAAUAUGAUUAGGACCCUGGGCAAUGCAUUUUCUUGGGCCCCCUGGGCCCUGCUCCUUCCCCCCCCAACCCCUUAAUUACACCCAACCCGCAAUCACACUGACAGACAUACUGACACAUACGCACACAGACAGACAGACAUAUUAAAACAUUCUCAGAUACAUACUGACAUACACAUACACUGACACACAAAUAUAUACUGGCAGACAUAUUGACACACACACAGACACACAUUCAUGAAUACACAGACACAUAAACUGACAAAUAUACUGACACACACAGACGCAUACACUGACAGACCUAUUGACACACACAAACAGGCAUUCUGACACAGACACACAGGCAGACAUACUGACAAACACACAGACAUACUGACACACAGACAGACAGACAUACUGACACACACAGGCAGACAUACUGACACACACACAGGCAUACUGACAAACACACACACAGGCAUACUGACAUAUACAGACACACACAGACAUACUGACACACACAGACAUACUGACAUACACACACACACACAGACAUACACACACACACAGACAUAGACACACACACAGACUUAGUGACACACAGACAUACUGACAUACACACACACACAGACAGACAUAGAUACACAGAGACAUACUGACACUCACAGACCUACAUACACACAUACUGACAUGCACACAGACAGACAUAGACACACACAGACAUACAUUUAGCCACCCUCCAGUUUCCUACCUUUUUCUGGAGGGUGGUUUCCCUGGUCCAGUGGCAGGCUGAGGCAGAUGGGAGUUCUCCUCUGGAACUCCCCUCCUCCCUCCUUCCGCGCGGUUGUGAUCACCGGUGAGAGGAAGUGACGCACGGCACUCACUUCCUCCCAGCCGGCUGCCGAACAGGAAGGGGCCCGGUCGCGCUGUUUAAGUGUCACAGCGCCCGAUCGGGCCCCUUCUGCCACAUGCCCACCGGGUGGCCCUUAGUGCAUGGGCCACCCGGGGGCCCUCUUUAGCGUGUGGCUCUGUGUAGCCGCCCCGCCGGGUCCAAGGGGAGCUGCUCAAAUCGCGGGGCCCACUAGGCAGCUGCUCUGGGGCCCCUCAGGAGCAACUGGGCCCGGGGCAGCUGCCCCGUUUGCCCCGCGUUAAAGACGGCCCUGACUCAGAUGGCUACUAGAGGUGCUUCCGGUGUCAGUGCUACGCAACAUGCAACACAGUAAAUUUCUUAAAGUGAUGCUUUAUAUUACUUUGCUUAUUCAGCCCUAGCCACACCUCUCCUGGCUGAGACAAAAAUAUUAGCCAGUUUCUCAUAGUGUGUUUAAUUUAGAAUUUCUUAUCUCAUGCUUUGUUGUUAGCCUGUAAAAGCCUCCUUCAAGUAACAGAACAAGAGAUGAGAACAUCUAAUGUAAAUACACUUGGCUGUAAAAUCUGAUUAAAAAUGUAACCAAUUUUUUUUUUUUUGUGUGUGUUUUGGGCAGAUGUAACUUACUUUAAAAGUUUUUAUCUCCUGCUCUGUAAAUUGAACUUUAAUUACAUACAGGAGGCUCCUGCAGGGUCUACCAAGCUAUUAACAGAGCAGGCGAGACGAAAUUCUAAAUUAAACAGAAUUUGCAAUAAAGUGCAAACAUUAGACUUUACAGGAAUUGUUUAGGAAGGCUGUGUAAGUCACAUGCAGGGAAGUGUGACUAGGGCUGCAUAAACAGAAACAAUGUGCUUUAACUCCUAAAUGGCAGAUAACUGAGCAGCGAGCCUGCAGGGGCGUGAUCUAUACACCAAAACUGCUUCAUUAAGCAAAGUUGUUAAUUUGGUGACUAUAGUGUUCCUUUAAACAACAAAACUUUCUGUUGGUGCACAGCUAAAUGAAACCUAAUCAUGUAUAUACAUAUUAGACGUGCAAUUUACAACCAUUAUGCUGCAUUUAUUCUCACUUCUAGUAUUCAAGCCAACAACAAUUUUAAGUGACAAAAUGUUCUACUUGUGUAAAUUACAUACCUACAGCUGUAUGGUCUCCGCAAGAAUUUUCAAAAAUAUUCCACUGUGUGUUUUACAGUUUUACAUGAAGCCGUGAGCACUGGAGAUCCAGAGUUAGUACAGAUGGUCCUACAGUAUCGUGAGUUCCACAAAGCAUCUACAGCCCUGGGAGGUGUACCUGAGCUUCUUACAAAAACCCUACAGGUGAUUUCACUUUCUUCCUAAUCCGGAGUAGCGUACUGAUGAUUUAAAUUAUAUAUAAACAUAGUGAAAUGGAGCUAGAUAAAUGAGUAAACCCAGUGCAGCUGUACAACAUCCGUGAAUUAAACGAGUAAACUACUCACAAUCAAAACAAAUACCAAAUACAAGGUGCAAGCAUACUGUGAAGCACAUAUACAGUUGUAAGAAAAAUGAUUGAAUCCCCAUUGAAAAUCUGAUUUAUUGUCAAAAUCUACAGACUUUCAGCUGUUUGCCGUGAGUUAAUCAAACAAAUACAAUUGCAAUAAUGUAACACAACAAAUGUUUCAAGUUGUCUCCUCAAAUUCAACUUAAAAUGCAACUUUUAAUAUAAUCUUAUAAAUAAGCCACAGACGUUUUGGGAUUCUGUUCUGUGGAAUAAUUAUACAAAAUUGGAACCUUUCUGCCCAGUUGAUCAGCCGUAUGUCUGGCGGAAGAGGAAUGAAGCAUUAACUGAAAAGAACGCUCUGCCUACAGUUAAGCAUUGUGGUGGCUUGGUGACCCUUUGGGGCUGCUUUGCAUCCUCUGGCACUGGAAACUUGCAGCGUGUGGAAUGCCAUAUAGAUUCAUUGAAGUAUCAGGAAAUUCUAGGAGAAAAUGUCUCGCUGUCUGAGGAAGCUGAAGCUUGGGCGUCAUUGGACCUUCCAACAAGACCAUGAUCCCAAGCAUACCUCAAAUUCCACCAAGGCUUGGUUGCAGAAUAAAUCCUGGAAAAUUCUACAGUGGAAAUCAGUCACCUGACUUGAACCCCUUUGAAAAUCUCUGGUGGGAUUUGUAGAAGGCGGUUGCAGCACACAAAUCCAAUAAUAUUACUAAACUGGAGGCAAUUGCUCAUGAACAAUUGGCUAAGAUUCCUCCAGAAUGCUGCCAGAUGCUGGUGUCUGGCAAUGCAUCUCAUUUGCAGAAGGUCAUAACAGCAAAAGGGCGCUCUACUAAGUACUAAAGAUGAUUGUCAUGAAGGGGUUACAUUAUGAGACUGUAGUCAUAAAAGCUGCAUUUUCAGUUGCAUUUGGGGAAACCACUUGAAGCAUUCGUUGUGUUGCGCUAUUUCAAUUCCUUUUGUUUAAUUAGUUCAUUGCGAACAGCUGAAAGUCUGUACAUUUUGACAAUAAACCUGAUUUUCAAUGGGAUUGAAUAAUUGUGAUUACAACUGCAAAUACAAUACAGUAGAACAUUUAUUUCUGAAUUUAAAUUGUCAGAAAGGCUAUUAGCUCUGUGUGAAUAAUAAAUAAUAGUACAAUCAUAGUGUAGUGUAUAACCUCAGUAGUACACAUGAGGUUAUGUAUUACACUAUGAUUCCAUUCCUAUUUAUUAUUCACACAGAACCAAGAGCCUUUCUGCGUUAAUUCAGCAGGAGACGUCCUGCACUAUUGUAUAGAAGUAUACUGUAUGCUUCACUGUACUCUAGCAGCUUGUAUUUGGUUACAACUUAAAGGACCACCAUAGUGCCAGGAAAACAAACUUGUCUUCCUGGCUCUAAAGGGUCUUUGGGGCCCCCCCCCCCCCAAGGCCCCAUUCCUGCCGGGCUCUAGGGGGAGGAAGGGGUUAAUCCCUCGGCGCUGGGGACUCUUCUCCUCCUUCCGACGUCAUCGGCUGAAUGCGCAUGCGAAAAUCACAGUGAGAAGCGCGGAAGCGCCUCUAGUUGCUGUCAAUGAGACAGCCAUUAGAGGCUGACUUAACCCUAAUGUAAACAUAGCAGUUUCUCUGAUAUAGAUAUAUAUAUUCCUUCUUCAAAAAAACUUGUAUCUUAGCUUUAAACCCUUUCCUCCUGAUUACAUGCUGAUGCAGUGCGACACCUAAAAUGAGACAUGCUCCUGUUCCUUUAUGUGAAUAAUCUUUCAUAGUUUUCAUUCUGAAUUAUAAUCAUUGCAUUAGUCUGACUCUCAUAGCACAACUUAGAACAUUAAAAUUGAGUUCUGUGAACAAUGGUCUGCAUUACGUGGUUCCACUUUAUGGACUUCAUUGAACCAGUGAUGCAAAAAAAAAUCUUAUGAACCAAAGAACAGCAAGGCAUUUAGGUUUCUUUACUAAAUAGUCAAUAAUUCUAUGUAAAUUGAAAACUUGAGGCCAAAAUAGUAAAACUGAAAACCUUACAGACUAGGAGAAUUUUUCUAAUUUAAAUACUUUGCUCUAAAAUUUGAGAUUCAGUUUGAAUCUCUGCUAUAGGGAAUAAACUAAUUGCUUUGUGUUUGUGUUUUUUUUUGUUUUUUGUAUCUCCCAUUUUAUUUAUAUUGCACUUUUCACAUGUUAAAAAAAAAAAAAAAAAGUGGAACUUUGACUUCUGAUAUUCGUGAUUAUUUCAAAUUCUUCAGUUUAAUCUAUUUUAUUUCUUUUCCCCUGAUUUAUGUUUAUAACUCCUACACCUUUUGAAUUAUAUUAACUGUUUGAACAUUGCCAGCAAAUCAGUAUUUCAGCUCAGGAAACUAAAAGCAAUCAAGAAAAGGUUUUAGUUUUUUUGUUUUCUCAUUUUUUAUUUUUUUUUAUUUGUCGUUGAUGCAUCUGAUUCUGUUAUUUCUUUUUAUUUUUGCGGUAGUUUGAAUCCGUAUUUCUGCAAGUGAACGACCCAUGGCUUCCCUCCAUUCAAUCUUUGCUUCUGUUUGUGCUUUAAGUGCCAAAUCAUGGUUGAAUGAAAGCAUUGAAUUUUCCUGGGGGAAAAAAAGAUAGAGCUUUAGCAAUCACAAUGCAGGUUAAUGUAGUAUUUUAUAUUGUUCUGAACAAUUUAUCAAGCAAGAAUGAAGCAAAAUAUACAGUAUAUCGACAUAUUAAGUGACUUUCAUAAUGUUGAAAUGGUCACUACAGCUUUAAAUCUUGAACAAAGCCAGAUCUGUGGACUUCACAGUUUACUGCAAGCAUCUGGCAGGCCCAAAGGCAAUGACCUUGUUUAGUUCAACUUCCUUUCAAUUCUGCUAGGGGAAUAAUCUAAUUUUAAAUGAAUGUACGGUCCAUGACCCAUUCAUUGUUUAUUAAUUAUAAUAGAAGCUUGCUGAAAUCUGACUCUUAAAGAGGAAAUUUCAACACUGUGGUGGUUGCAUGCAUGUAUGUGUGUGUGUGUUUUUUCCUUUUGUUAAAUUAAUGUAAAAUUUUCUCCUCUGCCAUUAGUGAUCUCCGAUUUCAAAACACAUUGUGUGUAUUGGUCUAUCUAUUGUGCUCGAAGUAAAGCCUUUUAAAAUCUUAUCAGACUAGUGAUGUAAACAAAAAGGUUGAGGUCUAAUCUGUUGCAGUUUCUUUUGAUGUUUGUAAAUUGGUCAACUCCUGACUCUAUGACCAUUGUCUGAAACCUCACCUCCAUUUUUAAAAAAAAAUAUAUUUAUUAAUAUAGGUAAUGCUUUGCAGCUUCUAUUGUGAGGUCAUAGGAAGUGACUCACCCAUUGCUCCUAUUAUGUUUCCAUGACCCGAGCUGAGCAUAUUCCAUAAAUCCUAGUUUAAAAACCUACAGUAAAAAGCCAGUUACAAAAAUGGCCUGUAAUGUGUUUAUUGCAGUUUCCUGUUUUUCACAUAAUGCUAUUUUACAAUCCAGUGUUUCCUUCAUUAGAGAAACCCUAGGAGUUGAUGUGAUGCAUAAAAGGAGACAUUUAUAUUAGACUGUCUCUGAAAAGAAAAGUAAAACAAACAAACACAUAUUCCGGACUAUCUUUUUGGUUUAUAGGUUCUUGUGGGUUUUUUGUUCAAUUUAUAGACAUACAUUGAACAAAAAAAACCUAUAAACCAAAAGUAUAGUCUGGAAUAUUUGUUUGUUUUUUUUCUUUUCAUUUACAGACCUCUUAAAGUUUUGUGAACAGAUCUGGAUGCUCCAGUCUUUUCAGCCGAUGAUCACACAUGGGUGCAGCACAAUGUGAUGUAGGGGCUGGUGCAGUAUAUGUUUUACCAGUCACUUCAGUUAUAAGCCAACUUGUGAUCAUAAGUUAUGGUGCGUGGAAUGUCUCUCCAUCACAACCCAAUUCACUCCAUUGAUAAUACUUUUAAAGGGAAAGACUAGGAGGUACAUAUACAUUUUGCUAUAAGUGACUCCUAAACCUUUUGUUUUUGUUAUAUAAUAGUCCCCAUUGCGUGGAAGAGAUACAUCAUGUUAAGGCUUACCUGGACAGCUGCCCACAAUACAUUUUGCUAUUUUAGCAACACUCCCUCUUCCUUUAGACAGGAGAGGCCUUUGACUUUGGGAAGAGUCUAAUGAAGGUGUUUUGUUGAACUUGUUUAUUUUUGCAAUUUAAGAAUUGAUCACUAAGUCAACCUUUGAAGGUAAGGGGUGGAUUACUAAUUUAGGUCCCUGCCAAAACAAAGUUAAGAGCCAUUGCCUUAAACAAAUGUAUUCUAACAUAUUGCAUAUUAAAAUUUUAGACUAAACCAGUCAUACUGAAAAAAUUACCCUCAAUCACCAACCCAAUUCAAUCUAUUGACCAUCUUUCUUUUUAAACGGCUAGCUUUUGUUUUGUACGUUUAACUCUUUUAGUGAUACAGAGUUAAAGGGACACUAUAGUUACCCAGACCACUUAAUCUCAUUUAAGUGGUCUUGGUGCGCUUUCUCUGUUCCUUUAACCCUGCAAUCUAAAACAUAGUAAUUUCAGAGAAACUGCAAUGUUUUAUUUUAUUGCAGGGUUAAGCCUGCCUCUAGUGUCUGCUUCCCUCCUGCUGUUGCAUGAGGAUGUCCAGUAUCUUCAAAUCCCCCAUAGGAAAACACUGGAACAAUUGCCACGUGUUAGGUUCCCCCUAUUAAUAGAUUGGGCAAUGGCAAUAGCCAGGGAGCAGGUUAACUCGCUGGCAGUCACUGCCUGUCACCACGUUGGAUUUUGGGCUCAGAGCAAGCAGGAUCUGGGACGCUGGAAGUCCUGCUUUAAUCUUAUUAAAGGACCACUCUAGGCACCCAGACCACUUCAGCUUAAUGAAGUGGUCUGGGUGCCAGGUCCAGCUAGGGUUAACCCAUUUUUUUUUUUAUAAACAUAGCAGUUUCAGAGAAACUGCUAUGUUUAUGAAUGGGUUAAGCCUUUCCCCUAAUCCUCUAGUGGCUGUCUCAUUGACAGCCAUUAGAGGCGCUUGCAUGCUUCUCACUGUGAUUUUCGUGCUUCUCGCUGGAAAAAGGUAAGUUUAAACCCCUUUCCCCUUUCCAGAGCAGGGCGGGAGGGGAUCCCUGAGGGUGGGGGCACCCUCAGGGCACUAUAGUGCCAGAAAAACGAGUAUGUUUUCCUGGCACUAUAGUGGUUAUUAAGGCAUGCACCGAUGGGGUAUAAUAAUAAAUAAAUAUCAGAAAAAGUAUAUACCGGUAGUUUAAUUUAAAAAAAAUAAAUAAAAAAUUAUUGUAACAAACACUGGUGAGGAGCUGCCCCAAUAGGCUAGCCUUCACAGUUCCCAAUAAUACACUUAAGUAAAUAGCUCUGUGAUUGAUACUUUAGUUUCCUUUAUAGUCCUCUUUCACAGAGAAUUGGAUUUAAACUAUUUUUCUUAAAUAUGAUCCAAAUAAAGUUUUUUCCUCUGUCUCAUAACUUUUGAAAGCUAAAUAGAUGUGUUUUUUUUUUCUUCUUUUUAAUUAGGCAUCUGAUUUUUAUGUGGAAAUGAAGUGGGAGUUUACAAGUUGGGGUAAGUGUAAGAUUAUAUAUAUUUCUGGUUUUAUUGCUCUACUCUUUCAUCCCAUAUGCGAGAGUGAGGACUGUAAUAUGGGACGGGAGGUUCCCAGUCGUCUGGCAAAUCAAAUAUCCAUUUUAAGGUCAGGCCUUCAUGUACAGUAUCGCCUAAGCAUUCAAGUACUAUGCUAUGAGAUUCCAAAAUCUAUAACCUUGGAAGCUUUAUGGGGGGGGGGAAAUGCCAUAAAUAAAAUAGGCAAAAAGGAGAAGCCAAAAAAUUCAUAGAUGUGUAUUUUUGUAUGCUUGAUUUAAUGUUAUCACAUUUUAUGUUGGCUAUUUUUUUUUUUCUUUUUCAUCCAGUACCACUGCUGUCCAGGGUGUGCCCCAGUGAUGUCUGUCGAAUAUGGAAAAGUGGUGCCAAACUUCGAGUUGAUGCCACCUUGCUGGGAUUUGAAAACAUGAGCUGGAUUCGAGGGAAGCAUAGCUUUAUAUUUAAAGAAGAAGGUAUAGUGCAUUUCUUUUCAAUGCCUAUUAUUUGUCCUCAGGAUCUAUUGUACUGGUUGAAUUAAAGGAUAUGUAGACUGAGAGCAACUGGGGGGAAAACAAAACAUCUAUUUAAUUUGUUGUUGUGUUUUGGGUUUAGUUUUAUAUAUAUAUAUAUAUAUAUUGUUAUGGUAUCCUACAGUUUCUGUAGGAAACUGUACUUGCUUGGUAUGUUUAAACGCACAGCUGAAAGUGCUUGCAAAACAUACAUAAAUACAGCAAGAAGCUCUUUUAAAACACAUGUGCAAUAGUUUCCUAUGGGAAAGUAUCGGAUUGUCAGCUAUGGAGGCAGGGCCAGCCGCAGCGAGGCAAGCACGGCGUGGGGGGAAAAGGCGAGUAAAAACACAUAUCCCAUGCAAUCAGAGGGGGGCCGGUAACCUAAACAGACAUACUCACUGACAGAUUGAACACACACACAAACAAACACUCACUGACAGACACACAUUUUCUCAUACACUCAAACAUAGAAACAUGGAAUGUGAAGGCAGAUAAGAACCAUUCGGCCCAUCUAGUCUGCCCAAUUUUCUAAAUACUUGCUUAAACUCCUCAAAAAAUUUUUUUUUUCUAUUUUAAUUUAUGUCCACUCAGUCGUCUUACCUUUGGAAGAGUUAGAAUGGAUCCUUUCCCUGGGGCCCAGUGGGGCUUGGGCAAUCUUCAACCUCGCGGUUUAGUGAUGACUGGUUCGGAGUGACGUCAUAUUCCGGCUCCCGUUAUAACAGCAGAUCACGCGGGGGAGCAGAGCUAGAGCUGCAUGUCGAUUUCUGCUCUCUCGCUGUCAGUCUCCAUGCUCUUGAGGGCUGACAAACAGCCACCGCCUGGAAUUUGUCGACCCCUGCAUUAUAUGAUCACAGAAACUUGAAAAGAUACCAUAAAAUUAUUUUAAAGUGGCAGUGCAUUAAACGUCUGUGUAGCUAUUAUCUAACCUAUUAUCAGUAGUCAUUACAAUGUAUUUCUAGUUGAUAUGUUAUAGACCUGCUUAUGACAUUGACAGAGCAACAAACAACCACAAAACAGCUUUUCUUAACUUGUUUUUAACAUGACACAUUAUAUACAUGACAGCUUGAUUACUCAGUUGUAGAAUUGUUCAGUGGCCUGUCCUAAUAAUGUAAUUUAAUAAUGGAGAUUAAGACAAUGUGUGUACGUCAAUCAGUACCAUCCACUGACCAUAAAAUUGUUUUGAGAUGUGCAUUUUUGUUCCUGACUUGUUGUCUUUCGUACUCCACUUUAACCAAUGAGAGGCAAAGAUUAUUUCCAUUCAUGUGUAAAAAUUAAGAAUCUGGUAGUUACCUGUUUUCCAAUUUCAUAGAUAACUGGGCAGAGUUGAUGGAGAUCAAUCAUGAUGACAAAACUGUCACCAAAGAAAGGUUUGACAUCUCACAGGAGAUUGAGGGCAUCACUCUGGAUUCAAUGCAGCCAGCAGAAAGAGAAGUCAGCAAGCGACUUACCUCUCCUGUUAUUAAUACCUCGCUAGAUACAGCAACCAUUGCAUUUGAAAGGUAAAUGGAAAUAGGUAAAUAGAAUACAAACCUGCUAUGAGUGAUUUUGCUGACUUCCUCAUUGAAUAGAAUACAUGUUUAUUUGUUGCAAAUGGUUUUUUUCAUGUUUUGUGAUAGUAAAGGAACAUUAGAGCAUUAGGAAUAUUAACCUGUAUAUUGUUUUAGUAACUAUUUAGAUUAUUUAGCAGCCCUGUGGGCAUUGAAAAAGCUUUUACUUAACUUUAGUCCCCUGGCACACCGGUUUCCGUGAAGCCCCACCUACCAGACUGAGACUGUUAAUCCAGAUUGCACAAUGCCAAUCAGCAUCUCGUUGUAUAGAGUUAAAGCAUCUCUAUCGGGAGCGGUUUGCAUCUCUAUGCAGAUCGUGGAGACUAAACAAAGAUCCUGCAAUUUUUGCAUGGACAAAUCCAGGAUAUCGGAGUGAAAGUAAGUAGAAGUGGCAGUCUUUACACUGCUCAGGCGGCAGGGACAGACUCUAGUAACCAGAACAACUAUAUAAAAGGGAAACUAUAGUGCAGCGGAAAAGAGGCUAAAAAAAAAAAAAAAACCUUCUGACACUUAGCUGGGUCCAGCAGCGAUGUCCAUGCCCGCUCUUCACUCACUGACGUCAUCUGGCAGGGGAGACCUAACAUGCAUGCGCAGCAAUGGCCAUGCUCGCAUUAAAGGACCACUAUAGUGCCAGGAAAACACUCAGGGUCCCCCUCCCACCCGGCUCUGGAAGGGGUAAAGGGGUUAAAACUUACCUUUUUCCAGCGCUGGGCGGGGAGCUCUCUGCCUCCGUUCCUCCUCCUGGGCUGAAUGCGCACGCGCGGCAAGAGCUGCGCACGCAUUCAGCCCGUCGCAUAGGAAAGCAUUUACAAUGCUUUCCUAUGGACGCUUGCGUGCUCUCACUGUGAAAAUCACAGUGAGAAGCACGCAAGCGCCUCUAGUGGCUGUCAAUGAGACAGCCACUAGAGGAAAUAGAGGAAGGCUUAACCCAUUAAUAAACAUAGCAGUUUCUCUGAAACUGCUAUGUUUAUUAAAAAAUGGGUUAACCCUAGCAGGACCUGGCACCCAGACCACUUCAUUAAGCUGAAGUGGUCUUGGUGCCUAGAGUGGUCCUUUAAGAUUUCCCCGUAGGAAAGCAUUAUUUAGUUCGCUUUUAAGCCUUCUAAUUGUAAGAGGCAGUGUGUAAAUAUUUGAUUUUGUGGGUGGGGGGAGUAACUAAGAGGUGCCCUGGUGUCCCCCAUUGUAAGUAAGUUGUUUUCAAACCGUUUUUCUUACCUGGGGUAUGCCAGGUGCUGCACCUUGCAUCCACUACUGCCUAGCUUUCAAAGCUAAGCUCAGCAGUGCAAUGAUAAGCUCAUUGGCUGGGAGUGAUUGGCUGAUGCUUCCAGCCAAUGAGCUAGCUCUUUCAGGAGAGGAAACAGAAUAUCCUGCGUAGAAGCUUCCCGCUCUCUCUAGGACGUAGUAGAGGUGGAAAAUGGCGUCCAACAGUCCCCAGGUAAGAAUUCAAACAGUUCUAAAACUAUACAGCUGUCUGUAGUGGUUAUAGUGAUUGGAGUGUGAAGGCUGUCUGUAUUGUAAUACUGAUAUUGCAAUCUUGGUACCUUCUGUGUAAGAACUAACAAAGUAGUGCUCUGGGAUGUCAAAAUAGCAUUCACUGUUACAGUGCAUCACUUCACACAACAUUCUGUGUUUUCAGAACAAAGGCUGGGUUCUGGGGAUGGAGGACGGAUAAAGCAGAAACCGUGAAUGGAUAUGAAGCAAAGGUAAUGAAACCAGUGACUGAUAAGUCUUGGAGGGUGACCUGCUUGUUUGUAUGUUCAAAGUUAUAAAUUUUUAAGUGGAUUGCUUUCAUUAUUUUUUUUUGAACACACUUUUUUAUUUUUUAUUUUGAAAGGUGUAUUCAGCCAACAAUGUUAACGUUGUGACAAAAACACGGACAGAACAUUUGACAGAAGAAGAAAAGUCUCGUUAUAAAGGUAAAAAUUAUUCAUAUUUUGCUAUUUUCUUGUGUAUAAUAUCAUGCUUCCUUGUAUGUGUUUUCAUUUCCUUUGCGGUCUAUUAACUGUUGCUAAAAUUAGGACCUUGUUAUGGUUAUACAGAACAUACAGAUUUAGAUGUUUAUGGCUCAGCCUCAUUGUGUGACAUAAGAAAUAUAAUGGGAUAGCAUCAUGAUUUUGCUACAGAUAUUGCUUUAGUUCAAAUCAUGGAGAACCCGUACUUUUAAGAAAGCCAUUACCUUAGUAGUUGGUAAAAAUGCAUCAUAUGGAAUAUCUGUGUGCAAGAGAGGACUGAGACUAAGGGAAGAUAGUACAUGGGAGCUAUAGCAUGUGUACUUUCCAUUUACUGACAAGUGUUUCCAUGCCUUGUGUGUAUCCUCAGCUGAUAGAAACUUUUUGGAGUCCUUGUUGGGAACAGUGGAACACCAGUUCGGAGCUCAGGGGGUGAGUUUCUGCAUUGCUUUAGGAUUGUGAAAAUGUUGAUAACAUUGAAAUAUUUGAGUGUGGUUUUAGUAACCUGCCACAGGACUCUUAAUAACUUCCAUCCAGAUUGAUUGAAACUGAUAUUGCUAAUGUGGGAGUGUAAAUUCUGCGUUAUCAUUGUGGCUGAGAAGGGGGUGAUCUUAGUGCUGGGCAGUACCCUGGAUUUGAUCAAACAGCAAAGUGAUUUGAGAAAAAGUGAGACCCAGACAUUAUUUGGGCUUUAACUACUACCAAGUCCCUUCUGUUAUUCAUUGUGUUCAUAAAAAUAGCAGUGAAGAGUAUAUGAUUGUGUUUUUUUUUUGUUUUGUUUUUCUCAAUUCUUUAUUUUUGCGGUGCAUAAGUGUAUUACAGACAGGCAAGAGGUGCCCCAAAAUUUUAAUAACAAGUAAAAACAAUCUAUUGUAUAAGUAGAUGUAGGAUAAAUUUAAGCUGGGUCAAUGCGUUGACUAUGCUAUUUACGUUUCAUGUAAUGCUGAUGCAUACCAUCUAUUAUGGAGAUAGGCUAUGGCGUUUAGAUUACAUGCAUUGGCUAGCAUAAGUAGUGAGCUUUAUGUUUCAAAAUAACAUUUUAUUUGGGUCUGUCCAUCACUUUGGAAAUUUAGUCACCGUUGGUGGCUGGAUUAUUUAAGCUGUCCCAGUGAGAGUGUGUUGUUGCCAUGUCGGUCCCAGGAUCACACACGUAGGGGGAAUCCCCUCUCUAUCCCACACCAGUUCUGAGUAUUCUGCACAGCAGGGGGCGAGUGAUCAGCAGGGCAAGCAUCAGGGAAAAGUCCAUCACUGCUGUACCUUGGUGUCCUUGCUUUGGUCUCCCAGGCUGCAGCCUCGGUAUAUUGUACUUGCCUCUGGUAUUUCUUGCAUGGUUGGUGUCAACCCCGAUGGAGCGCUUGGUGUCUCCCGCAUGUGUUCUUUGCCCCCUAGGUCGUCCAGGUUUGGGCAGGGUGGGGGGUGAGCACUGGGUCGGCUUUCUGUGCUGUGUACCAGGCACAAGUUUCUCAGAUGGGGCGAACGUUGUGCGGCGCUCCAACUCCUCAUAGCAGCCGCCAUCUUUUGAGCUUGUGAGUCGCUUGGGCAACUUGAUGCUGUCUUGGGCUGUGGGUGGGUGUUUCUCCGCCUUUCGGUGUUGCAAGGUUGGAGGACAGGAGCUGCUUUGCCGUCUGUGUUCACGGGGAGGGAGCAGGUCGACCUCCCGCCGCCUGCGCACAUGGCGCCCGCCAUCUUGAGUACCUCACUCUGUCUGAGCCAUCGGGUGAGGACCAGGAUCACCCCCUGGUUAGGGGGAGUGGGGAACAGGGCCAGGUCCGUCUGGAUUUGUGCCCCUGGACGGGGUCCGGGAUGCAGGGUAGCGGGACGGCCACUGUCCGCCCCACUCAUUGCCGGAGUAGGCCUCAUGUUUUGUUCGAGAUUUUCUCCUCCAGGGGACUGAAGCUCGGUGAGCCAGCCUCUCCCUGGAUCCAGUAGCCCCUUUGUUCCAGGCAACCUCGCUGGCGGUCAGUUUUAACGCGGAAAAUCGUGUUUUUGUUAGGUUUCAUUGGUUUAAUCGCAGGAGCUGCUCUUACUUGCGACCGUCCAUCUUGGCAGUCCGGCCCCGCCCCCAAUUGUGUGUUUUUAUGUAUGAAUUUAAAACUGUCUAAAUGUUGUGUUAAUAAAGGCAGCCAGUAGUAUGAGUGGGGAAAAAAUGGUUGUAACACCGUUAAAGGAACACUGCACUGCCUAAAUAUAAAAUAAAUAAAAUUAACUGUUUAAUAGAUAUACCCCAAGUGAAAACAUGCAUUCUGUUAUGUAUUUUAUCAUUUGGGUAGAACUAAAAUCUCUUGCAAAACAUACAUUUCUCUUGCCUGCAGCCUUUGCAAGCCCUCCUCUUUUAACCCCUUAAGGACGGAGCCAAAUGUACACGUUGUAAACAAAACCUGGCAUUUGCGCUACAUGUCUGUCCAACCGUAAUUCACCUCUUUCAUAGUAAAUGCACCCACCCUUAUCAUAUAUCAUUUUAUUCAGGGGAAACAGGGCUUUCAUUUAAUAUCAAAUAUUUAGCUAUGAAACAUAAUUUAAUAUGAAAAAAAAUGGGAGAAAAUAAGAUUUUUUUUAUUUUUUUAGUUCUACAUGACAUUUUAACUGUCAAUGUCAUAAUACUGUUUGCUUUUACUGCAAUAAAAUACACAUAUUUGUAUUCAGCAAAGUCUCACGUGUAAACAGUACCCCCUAUGUACAGGUUUUAUGGCGUUUUGGGAAGUUACAGGGUCAAAUAUAGCACGUUACAUUUGAAAUUGAAAUUCGCCAGAUUGGUUACGUUGCCUUUGGGACUGUAUAGUAGCCCAGGAAUAAAAUUUACACCCAUAAUGGCAUACCAUUUGCAAUAGUAGACCCAAGGUAUUGCAAAUGGGGUAUGUCCAGUCUUUUUUAGUAGCCAUUUGGUCACAAACACUGGCCAAAGUUAGCGUUAGUAUUUGUUUGUGUGUGAAAAAUGCCAAAAAAUGCCAAUUUUGGCCAGUGUUUGUGACUAAGUGGCUACUAAAAAAGACUGGACAUACCCCGUUUGCAAUACCUUGGGUUGUCUUCUUUCGAAAAUGGUAUGCCAUCAUAGGGGUAAUUUUCAUUCUUGGGCUACCAUAGGGUCUCAAAGGCAACCUAACCAAUCUGGUGAAUUUUAACUUUCACUUUUACUGCCGUUUUGAAACACUAAUAUUUGUGUUCAGCGAAGUCUCCCAAGUAGAAGAGUACCCCCCAUGUACAGGUUUUAUGGUGUCUUGGAAAGUUAUAGGGUUAAAUAUAAUGCUAGCAAAUUAAAUUCCCUUUACUUUCGGCAUGGGUUGUCAGGCAGGUCCCGCUAAUUGUAAUUAAUUAAGAUACCUAAUUAUGUAAAAAUAUGACAUAAAUAUAUAUGUAGAAUUAAUAUAUGUGUGUGUGUGUGUAUAUAUAUGUGUGUAUGUGUAUAUAUAUAUGUGUAUAUAUAUAUGUAUGUAUAUAUAUGUAUAUAUAUAUGUAUAUAUAUAUGUAUAUAUAUAUAUAAAAUUUUAAAUAUUUUUAUUUAUAUAUAGUGAUAUAUACGUAUAUAUUUAUGUGUAUAUAUAUAUUUCGUUCUACAUGUAUUUUGAUAAAUAUAUAUAUUAAUAUCCCAUUACAGUUAGAACGAAAUAACACACAUCUAUAUAUUUUUUAAUUAUUUAAAUUUUAUUUUUAACGUAUUUACAUUUCAUUUUUUUAUAUUACAUAUAUAUAUAUAUCAAUUAUAUAUUUAAUCAGUAUUAGUCUACGUGUAAUUUGAUAUUAAUAUAUAUAUAUAUAUAUAUUAAUAUAUAUAUAUAUAUUAAUUAAAAUACACCUAGACAGUGUAUGUAUAUAUAUAUAUCUAUAUAAUCUAAGUGUGUGUGUGUGUGUGUGUGUAUGUAUGUAUAUAUAUAUAAUAUAUAUAUAUAUAUAUAUAUAUAUAUAUAUAUAAUUUUUUAUUUUUUUUUCUUACACUUAUUUUAAUUGUAUUUCUAGCCAGCAGGGGGACCACCUGUCAUUACAGGCAGCCCCCCUGCUGGCAAUGCUGCAGCCAGCUAUACCGGCCAUGUGAUUGUGAGGAGGCAGGAUCCGCCGUAGGGGGGCUCCCUGGGAGUCCCCCCAACCGCGAUUGCCGGCGUGGGAUCACCGGCGAACAGGUAAGUAGGCAAAAACCGGAGGGGGUAUUAUUACGCCCGGCGGCGUUUAGAGCCGCCUAAUAUAGGGCGUAAUAGUACGCCCUCCGGUCUGAAGGGGUUAACCCCACCAAGACUUUCUGUGACUGUCCAAACACAGACUUCCCAAUGCAGCUCAAGUCUUUGCAAGGCAGGUGCUCUGGGCAAUAGCAUUUGUAUUGAGUUUAGCUCCACUGAGCUAACAACCCAUGAAGUGACAGUACUGGUUGUCUAACAACCAUGGGGGUGUAACCAGGUAAGUUCAUAAAAGUUUCAAUAUCUAUUAAAAUCUGAACUUUUUUCAAAGUGGGGGGAAAAGAGGAUACCCUCUUCACAUAUAAAGAUUUACAGCAAGUCAAAGUACUUUGGAGGUUCAGAGUGUCACUUUAAAAAUUUAAAAAAAAAUACAAAAAAAAGUGGUAAUUAUUGUCCCUAUUUCACCGCAUGCAGGGCAACUUCAUUACCCUAUAAUGCCUCAGGUGCUCUCAACAGCAUGCUCUACCAUUUGAUCAACAAUAAUUACUUUUCAACUCACAUUAAUUUAUUUUUUUUAAAUGGACACCCAGGAUAAUAUAUUUUUCACUACCUAUUUAUAAUGUUUAGUUGUAGAGUUGAACCAAAAUCUCAUAUGACUUUAGUUUAUCCCACCAGCUUGGUGAAAGAUGGCAAAUUGUAAAGCAGAAGUUAGACUCUGGGCCUGUGAAAUAAUGAUUCAGAACCUGCAACAAAACUUAAGGAAAAAAACUCUACUACUACUACUUUUUGAAAUAUUAUAAAAGGUAUUACAUUAACAAUUUAGGUGAUCAUGAUAUCCACAAAUUGUGGAUAAAAUGACAGUUUUAUAUUCAGGUCGGCAUUGGUUUAUUCAGGAAUAUUGUAUCCAGGAAAAUGUAUAGUUUAAGCAUAUACUUCCUGCAGAUUGCUUCGGACUCUUUGAGCAUAACAUAGUCCUUAAUAUGCAGUCAAUUAGUCUGUGUUCAGACGUAUAGAGACUUGGACAGUGCUGUCAGUCUUUGCAGAAGCUUGUAGUUGUUACCCAUAUUCUGUACUUAAUGAAGUUGUAUAUUCUGCUUCUUUUAGGACCUCACCACAGAGUUUGCAACCGCUAACAACCCAACUGCCAUCACGCUUGAGGAAUAUUUCAACCCAGAUUUUGAUCUUAAAAACAGGGACAUUGGUCGGCCCAAAGAGUUGACCAUCAGGACACAGAAGUUAGUAUUUAGCAUGAAAAUAUGAAGGUAGCAAGUGUGUAAGCCAAGCAUUCUCUGUGUAGUGCAAAUUAUGCAAAAGUAGUUUACAUAUCAAAGACUCUAAUGAAAAUUUCUCUAUCUUCCCGUUUUCAAGUUAGAAUCAGAUUUUUAGUUUUCAACUGACUCGCAGUUUUCCUUAUAUUUUCAGUUUUGUUAGGAAUAUGCUUCUCUUUUUUUUCUUCAGUGUUUUGUAAAACUAGGUUAAGGGCACAUUUAUAGCUGCAGGACUGUAACAUGAUCAUUUUUAUUUAUUUUAAGGUUUAAAGCCACAUUAUGGAUGUGCGAAGACUUUCCCCUCUCUUUGGUGGAACAAGUUACUCCCAUCAUUGAUCUGAUGGCCAGGACAAGCUCUCACUUUGCACAUCUUCGAGACUUUAUAACACUGCAGUUUCCACCAGGGUUUCCAGUCAAAAUUGGUACGGUUGUAUUUCUGCUUUUAACAACGAGCAGUGAGGAACGCUAACAUAUUUAUUCUGUUGUGCAUACUUGACUUAUCUGCACACAUGUGUUUAAAUGUUGUAUGAAAGAGGAACCAAUGUGAUCGCUGUACCAGAUUAGAAAAGUGAAUAAAAAUAGCUUCCUUGUUGUUUGAACAAUUAUCAGUAGAAAAAAAAAACAUGUUUACUUACCGUAAAUUUAUUUUUCCAGAAGAUUAGAGGCAGUGCUUUACAACUGGGAUUUCAUCACCUGGAGGGAAAAAAAACAGGCAGGCAAUCUCCCAAACUUUUCAAGAACCUCCCCCAAUUAACCUUUGGCCUUAUAAAUUGCUUCCUACCCAAGACAUCCCCAGAAAUUACAAAAGCCGAAUAACCGUACCACUCAGACUAUUAAAAAAAUUUUGGGGGGGGAAGUGAGCACUGUCUCUAAUCUUCUGGAAAAAGAAAUUUAUGGUAAGUAAAAAUUUUAGUUUUUCCCUUCAGAUUAGAGACAGUGCUUUACAACUGGAAUAGCCAAAAGCAAUCCCUUAGGGCGGGACUCAAAUCUCACUGCAAAAAACCUGCGACCAAAGUUGUAUCUUCCAAGGUCAAGAGACCAAAAUGAGUGAAGAGAUCACCUCGUGGCUGUUAGGAAUUCGAGAGAAUGUAUAGCAGAAGCCCUCAGGCACCCGAUCUGAACAUAACUGAUCGAAGGAGCUUCAAUGGAGAUAGGUGUUAGAUAAGAAAAAACCAAAUGAAUGCAGACCUUUAAGGAACUGUAGACGAGCACUAAACGCCCAGGCAGUGGAAUUAGAAUUUCAAGACUCUAGAACGCGGUUGGGAAAAGUUAGAAAAAUCAUGAUAGAUGGAAGUUUGGGAAGAAUUAAAAAUCCAACUUAACUCCACUUUCUCCUGCUGAAAAUGGAAACUUGAAGAACUUGAAGUUCUUCCCAUAAUUAUUUUGGGCGACUACCCCCAACGACCUAGAGUGAAGCCUCAAAUCAGCAGUUAAAAACCCCAAAAGAAGAUCCCCUGAAGAUAGGAACUAACCACUAAAGGGCCUAGCAGAUACUGGUGAUUUGGAGACAAACCUCUGAAAAUCAACUGAUAACUGAAACUUGACCUUGAGGAUCUCUUGCUUUAAACCAUCCGCAAAGCCCAUCUGAAGAAAAAAAAGGAGGUUAAAAACUUGUAAGCGGAUGCCUGCUUUUCUUUCAACCAAUAUCUUAAACAACACCUUCCAUACUAGGAAUAAAUCUUGGAACAAGAUCCAUUUAUAGUAAAUGAAAUUGUCAAAAAUGUCCUGAGACAAACCAUCCUUCAGUAUCUGGUAUACAUAAACCAGGUCGUCAGCUUGAAUUACUACAAAGUUGAGAAGAGGUACCCUUGAGAAUUCCAGGAUGCCUAUUUACAGGUAAGGUCCCCAAAGAUUCCUCUAGAUGACCGGUGAAACAGCUACUUGCCACUAAGGGAGGAAGACUAUAAUUCUCACCUUUUCCAUCCUAUAGGAUCUUGGGGAAUAGGGAACCAGGAGGAAACUAUAGGUUAGACUUGAAUUCCCAAGAAAGAAAAGGAAACCAAAGCUUACUGGUCUGUCCAAGCUUGUCCAAUGAAACACUUCAAGCUAUCGGUUUGAUCUAGAAGUCCCAGUUCCAUAACUGGAUAAUCAAAUUCUUCCUAUCGUUUGGGUGAAGAUCAGGGAGUACGAACCAAUCUGCUUUGUAUUAAAUGUUGACUACUCAAUGCUACAGCUAAAGAGGAAUAUUAAGUUCUAUGCAUAAGUGAAUAGACCUAAGAAAAACUAACCCAAGCAUAUCCUGGAACAAGAUUUUUCAAACAAGAAGACCUUGUUUGUACAUAAUUGCUACCGAUGUAGAACUAUCCGGCCAGAUCUGAUCGAUUUGUGAACUAGAACAAAAACUAAGAACCGUCUGGCAUCCUUAAUUUCUGCCUGGUUCAGAAAGGAAUGACCGAAGUAAAGGAUUUUACUGCAAAAUCUUAUCGGCAACUGUAUCUGACCUCUGAAGGACCUGUAAAUAGUGCUAUGCGUAAAGAAGAUGAAGAGACCAAGCAGGUUCUUACAAGACGGGAACCAAAAUUAUUUCCCUAGUAUCUUGUCUACUGAAGUAGAAGAGAAAUUGAGAGAACCACAAAUUUUUUCUUCAGGGAAUUACCAUUCUCUGAGAGUCAAAAACCCUUGUCAAAAAUUUUUACACCUGAACUGUUCCUUGACAAACACCAGAACUGCACACUUCUUGUAAAGAGAAUUCUUUAUCAGAAGAUUGAUUAGCAUCCACCUGUAUGCUGUAGAAAAAACACCCUAACCUUUAGGGGCUGGUGUACAAAAUUAAUUAGGUGCCCAUGAGGAAGCAGUACAAAUUUAUGGAUGGCAACAUUUUGCAUAGUGAGAGAAUCUUAAGUGGCAAUUGCCAUAAGCUCUUUCUUAAAAGAAAACGGCAAACAAACCUAGGCAGUAAACCAUCCCUGUCAUACCGUAUCUAUGGCAGUGCAGGGUACAAAUUGAACUUGGUGGAACUACACCUUGAUCAAUAGGCCUGCAGGUGUACUAGAACUUGCUUCAAGCCCAGUAACAUGAGGAAGAAAUAAUUUUCCAUGGAGACUAGUUCAUACAGGUUACCAUCUUUAUUGGCCGAAGCGAGACUGAUUACAUAGAUAUACAGUCUGCAUAAGACAAUACCCAUGAUUCAGGCCUACCUUAACCAUAAUUGGGAAGCAGAGGCUAGAGCAGAAAGAAUAUCUGCAAACUGCAUUUCAAAACCUGUUUGAUGCAGACUCUGCAGGAAUCAAUAGUAGAAGUCAUUCUUUAAAAUUGCAAUACCAACCAACAGCCUUACCUGCUAAAGGCUUACCUUAGCCGUAUUUGGGAAGCAGAGGCUAGAGCAGACAGAAUAGCUGCAACUGCAUUUCAAAACCUGUUUGAUGCAGACUCUGCAGUAACCAAUAUUAGUAAGUAAUCUUAUAUAUUUUCACUUCCAACCAUCAGCCUUACCUGAUAGAGGCUUUCCUUAGCCGUAUUUGGGAAGCAGAGGCUAGAGCAGACCGAAUAGCUGCAACUGCAUUUAAAAACCUGUUUGAUGCAAACUCUCCAGGAACCAAUAUUAGGAAGCCUUUUCUUUAAAAAAGCACAGGAAAAUUUCUGCCCCAGCUGAAAAACAGACUGCCUUUUUAGAAACUAUUAGGUGAAACUAGUUGAGGUGGUGAGAAUGCUAAUUGCAAAAGAGCAAAAAGCCUACUGCAUGUUUUAAGAAAAUAAACACUGCGGCUAGGAUCCUGGAAUUUAACCCCUUAAGGACGGAGCCAAAUGUACACAUUGUGAACAAAACAAAAUGUAAACAAAACCUGGCAUUUGCGCUACAUGUCUGUCCAGCCGUAAUUCACCUCUUUCAUAUUAAAUGCACCCACCCUUAUUAUAUAUCAUUUUAUUCAGGGGAAACAGGGCUUUCAUUUAAUAUCAAAUAUUUAGCUAUGAAACAUAAUUUAAUAUGAAAAAAAUGGGAGAAAAUGUUUUUUUGGGAUUUUUUUUAGUUCUACAUGCCAUUUUAACGGUCAGUGUCAUAAUACUGUUUGCUUUUACUGCAAUAAAAUACACAUAUUUAUAUUCAGUAAAGUCUCACGUGUAAGACAGUACCCCCUAUGUACAGGUUUUAUGGCGUUUUGGGAAGUUACAGGGUCAAAUAUAGCACGUUACAUUUGAAAUUGAAAUUUGCCAGAUUGGUUACGCUGCCUUUGAGACUGUAUAGUAGCCCGGGAAUGAAAUUUACACCCAUAAUGGCAUACCAUUUGUAAUAGUAGACAACCCAAGGUAUUGCAAAUGGGGUAUGUCCAGUCUUUUUUAGUAGCCAUUAGGUCACAAACACUGGCCAAAGUUAGCGUUAGUAUUUGUUUGUGUGUGAAAAAUGCAAAAAACGCCAAUUUUGGCCAGUGUUUGUGACUAAGUGGCUACUAAAAAAUACUGGACAUACCCUGUUUGCAAUACCUUGGGUUGUCUACUAUUGCAAAUGGUAUGCCAUCAUAGGUGUAAUUUUCAUUCUUGGGCUACCAUAGGGUCUCAAAGGCAAUGUAACCAAUCUGGCGAAUUUUAAUGUGAAAAAAAUGAAAAGCUUAUAUUUGACGCUGUAACUGAAUUUGAUGCCAGGGAACCUUGGAUCGCUGACCAGAAUUAAUAUUUAUGUUUCAAAAGCAAAAUGUAUUCCAAAUAUGAUAUAAAGUAAAAAAAAGUGAAGUUUUUUGCAUUUUCACGCAAACAGCAUUACACGGACAAUAUUAUUGCUGUGAUACUUUUACUGUUUUGAAACACUAAUAUUUGUGUUCAGCGAAGUCUCCCGAGUAGAACAGUACCCCCAUGUACAGGUUUUAUGGUGUCUUGGAAAGUUAUAGGGUUAAAUAUAGUGCUAGCAAAUUAAAUUCCCUUUACUUUCGCAUGGGUUGUCAGGCAGGUCCUGCUAAUUGUAAUUAAUUAAGAUACCUAAUUAUGUAAAAAUAUUACAUAAAUAUAUAUGUAGAAUUAAUAUAUGUAUAUAUAUAUACAUGUGUAUAUAUAUAUGUAUAUAUCUAAUAUAAUUUUUUUAAAUAUUUUAUUUAUAUAUAGGUAUAUAUAUAGUGAUAUAUAAUAUAUAUUUAUGUAUAUAUAUAUAUAUUUCGUUCUCGGUAUUUUUAUAUAUAUAUAUAUAUAUAUAUAUAUAUAUAUAUAUAUUAAUUUCACAAAACAGAACGAAAUAACACAUCUAUAUAUUUUUUUAUUAUUUAUUUUUAAUUAUUUUUUAAAUUUUAUUAACGUAUUUACAUUUUUUUUUUAUAUUAUAUAUAAAUAUAUAUAUAUUUAAUCAGUAUCAGUCUACGUGUAAUUUGAUAUUAAAAUAUAUAUAUAUAUAUUAAUAGUAAAAUACACCUAGACGGUGUACGUGUGUGUAUGUAUAUGUGUGUGUAUGUGUAUGUGUAUGUGUAUGUGUAUGUGUGUGUAUAUGUGUAUAUAUAUGCAGGAGGCAGCCUACCCGGCCAUGUGAUUGUGGGGUCCUCGCUAGGACCCCACUCUCACAUGGCCGGGGAGCACCGGAGGAGAAGGAUCUGCCGUGGGGGGGCUCCAUGGGAGUCCCCCCCACCGCGAUCGCCGGCGUGGGACCGCCGGCGACUGGGUAAGUUAACAAAAACCGGAGGGCGUACAAUUACGCCCAGCGGCGUUUAGAGCCGCCUAUUAGAGGGCGUAAUUGUACGUCCUCCGGUUUUAAGGGGUUAAAGAAUCCAUCUGCUACAACAGUAUAUUAACUUAACCAAAACCAGAUCUUAAAUAUCAGCCUUCUAAGGAUAACAUACAGAGGAUAAUCCUCCAAUAGUCAUACAGGUCUUGCUCCUGUGAAUAUAUUCCACCGGAACACUUCACUGACCCUGUUGCAGCAAUUAGUGAUUUAUUGAGACCCAUAUUAACCAAUCACUGUGUAGCAGCUAUUUUGAGCCAGAAAGGAAACUUAAAUUUACCAAUAGAAUUAUGUAAAAGUAUAUUCUUAUCGAAUACCCUUUAUAGGCUUUACUCAAAGAAUAAUCUAUUUUUUUAGAAGAAGAAAACCAAAGAAUCUAUUAUGUGCCUGAUCUACUAAAUGCUUACACUUUUAAAGCACUAUUUGUUUUAAGAUUUUAGGAAUAAUCUUUAAGUGAUGAGAAGCUAAAAAUUCUCCAUCUUAGAAACAUUUGCACUUUUUUAGCUUAUCCAUCUUGCAGCACAGAUAAUUAACUUAUUCAGGCUAGAGUCAUUUAAGAUAAAAGCAAAAAGGCUUACCUUAAAUGUCCUCCGAGUGUGUUGGAGGUUGGUGAGAACACACUUGCAACAGAUUCUUAGUGCACCUGGCAACAGUUAGUUGCUGCUGGGUAAACAGCCUCUCUAAGUCCUGGAAACCAACAUCUUGACCCCGGAGAGUAAAAACAAUAAAGAUAUUGGCGCCUGAAUUUUAAAUCGCAUUACGCAUGUCCUGCAUUUCGCGAUUCCACGGUGGAAAUAAACGUAACCUGUACGAGUGUUCCACCGCCAGGACUUCCCAGCUAGUGCCCAAAUGCACACCAUCGUCUGCCCGGCACCUGGCUCGGUAUAGAUGGAAGUAAUACAACCCAGGGAGAUACAGCCGUCUGGUGUGUUAUCCCUGGCCAAUCUCUGAAAAGUUUAUUUAAAAGAAGUAGAGCCUCAGCCCUCUCACCAUACUUAUAGGGAGAAAACCUGAACCUGACACCCUCAUCUGCCAGAGGCAGGCAAAGAACUGGGGAUGUCUUGGGUAGGAAGCAAUUUAUAAGGCCAAAGGUUAAUUGGGGGAGGUUCUUGUAAAGUUUGGGAGAUUGCCUGCCUGGUUUUUCCCUCCAGGUGAUGAAAUCCCAGUUGUAAAGCACUGCCUCUAAUCUGAAGGGAAAAUGUUUUUAGAUUACUUUAUAACCAUUAAAUGUACACUACCUAGAUUUUGCACAUGCAGUGACUGGUGUUGAGUGCCCCUGUAAGGAAGUGUGUGUGUGUGUGUGUUAGUGAGUUAUAUAUAUACUUUUUUUUUUUUUUUUUUUUAAUUAACUGAGAAAGUCAGUACUAUUUUUACUAGACUGUAUUGGAAUCUAAUUGUUUAUAAUAAAAAACAAAUACUAAUGAGAGCCUCAUCUUCAAGCAAAUAAUCUGCUUCUUCCUUGCUUCCAUGAUCAACAUGUGAUCUCUGUUUACUAUUUUGGCAUUGCCUGUCCUGCCUUAAAUGAUUAGAUUGCAGUUGGUUAAAGCAAUAUCUGCAGAACAGAAAUAGUGUUUUUGUUGACACUCUUGUGUCUUUUUAUUUAUAGAUCAUUUUAAAGGAAAAAGUAGAAAGUGUUUGAGAAGCGAAUUAUGUGCUGUUGUAGUGUCAAUUAAAACCCAUGUGUUCUUCCUCAGAGAUCCCACUUUUUCACGUACUGAAUGCAAGAAUCACGUUUGGCAAUGUGAAUACAUGUUCAACAGCGGAGGAGAGUGCCAGCACGCCAUCCACUCCCAGAGGAUCACAAGACGAGGCUAAUUGUCCGCUCCUGGACCAAGGUGUGUUCAUGUCAUGAUGCCUGUCUGUAGACUGGUGUAUCCUGCAAGUAGAUUUGUCUGAAAUUUUAAAUGUACUACAGUCCAUUCCGCAGUCUUGUAGUAAUGGCAUUUGGAAGGUAUAACAUCAUGUCAUAGCUCAGAGCUCUCGAGACUGUGAUAUCUAAUAAUUGUAGGUUUGCAUUUGUCAUGCUUUAUAUUUGUUUUAAUUCAAAUAUUAUACAUUGUUGAAAUGGACAUAGUAGACAUUUGUCAGUGUCUUAUUCAGAUGUUGAUCUGAAUAAGACACUGACAAAUGUCUACAUAUAUGCUUGCUGUUCACCUCCAGUUUAGUGACAGUCUGUUUGUUUUGUUUAUGUACAUGGACAAUUUACACCAAUUUGUGUGCUUAAAAUGUAAAGUGUAAUAUCAUGUCAACUGUUACUGGUUUAAUUUUUGUAACUUCCACUAAAGUUCAUGGUAAUGUUGAGGAUGCAUUUCUUUCCCUGACAUCCUCACCAGCAGUGAACAGAAAUACACUACUUUCUAGAUUGGACAGAAGAACUCUGAACAGCAAUUCACAAUUGUUAUUACCCAUGUAAGGUUAUUCCAGGUCAUGUAUUGUGAUGCAGCCUCUUGACUCAACAACUUGUAAGUUCUCCUGCCUGUGUAACGUGCUUUUUAUAGACUUGUUAAUUUUGUAUUUUUUUUUUUUAUAUAUAUAUAUAUUCAGCCUCUUCUAUGCCAAAGUUUGAGGUGGAUCAGUCAGUCUUUGAAAUCCCUCCAUCUUACCAUAUUCAGGAAAAUGGAAGGAGCAUGCACAUACGGGAUGAAGAUGAUGAAAUAAUGCAGUUUGCUAUACAGCAAAGUUUGUUGGAGUGCAGUGGAAAUCAGGUGAGAAAUCGCAGAACCAUCACUUACAUUCUUAUCCAAGUCAUAUAUGUUCAAUGAAAAGCAAGCUGACUUAAAGACCUGUUACUAGUUACAUCCUUAUAGUAACCUAGGCCACUUCUAGAUCCAAAAAGUUAAAUUAGAUGUGAAUUACACUUCGUUUAAGGCAUAAACUCUUUUCUUCUACACAUCUAGUGUUGUGACCAUUACAGUCACAAGUGGUGGCUAUUAUUCCUAAAGUGCCUUUCUGCAGCAAAACCACUUAAUGAAGAGGUUCUGCAUGCCUCUCAGUUACGGGAGUUUCUGCAGCCUCACUCCCACCUUAUCCACCCAUCUCCAUUUCAGACAGUCCACUAAUGAUAAAACAGGGCAUCGUUGUGCAGCCUGUGAGAAAUCACUGCCACCAGAGCCUGAUCUGCAUGAUCAUACUGAUCAGACUCCCUCUCCUCACCCCCGUCAGGAUCUUGCAAGGUGAAGUGAUCUUCCGUCUGUAAUGUGGAAAACUGUCAGGCAUAUCCAAUGCACAUCUCCAGCAUUCCUAGGAAUAGGACACUGGUUAGAUCAGUGUCUCCCUGAAGUAGGUGUGAAAAGCAUAAAAAUGAAAAAGUAGGUAAAUAUGAAGAAGAAAAAAACAUUUUUUAUCUCUUUAAUUUUUUAAUUUUAUUUUUUUAUGGUCAAUAUGAAAUAUAGUGACAACUGCAUUAUGCAAAACUUGUCGAAAGAGAAACUGGAACUCGGGCAUAUAAUUGUUGGCCAGGGCACACAGUCCCUCUGUCAACCAGCUCAAUACCUCUAGGGACUGCAAGUUCGCACCAACCAGCCUCCAGGUUUGUUUGCAGGCAAAGGUGACAUGCAUUCAGUUAGGGCUUGCCAAGCACUGUGAUCUGUACCAGGUGUAAAGCCUAUUGCAGGCUGUCGUUCGCCCUUUUCUGUUGUCUUUUAAGAUCCUUUCACGAAGCUGUGCUGUGCUGUGCUGUCAGCUACCCUUGGCUGGUUCCACUAGACUCUGUACCAGCAACCUAUAGGAGCCAUGGGUUCUUCCCAGCAUCUUGCACGUUAAGGUGGAUUAUGCAGGGUAGACAUACAGAGGUAAAGGAAUUGUUGAAACUGGUAAAUCCCAUCUGGCUGUUGGUCUCUACCAAAAUGAAUGGCAUACAGUCAAAUGCCCCAAGGAGGGCUUGCUGGGAUCUCAAAUGACAUCCAAGGUACACUUGUUUCUGCAUUUACAGGAGUGUUGGCAAUAUUGAAACUACCAGGUAAGUGUGAUGCGCGUUCAAGAGUGUAUCCUGAGCAUAGCCACAAAUUACCAAAGUGGUCAGUGUGGCCCGGGAUAACCCCACCUGCGCAGGGGAGGGGGGUGAUCUCAGGAGAUAACAGGAGCACUACAAGGCAGAAGUCUGCCACCUUCACUGCCUUGUUCCGUCCAGCAGGCCUCAGACAUGUCCUUUGCGAGUAGCACCUGUCUCUGAUAGGGAAGGUCGGUCCCAAGUAGUGUCAGGUUGUUGUUCAGGUCAAGAGAUGGCAGAUGGGCUUGCAAGUUAAGCUUUAUUUCCCACAAAAUCUGAGGAGCUCCUCCAGUAUAUGACUUUUUUGGUCAGCAGCCCCUUACCUGCUUUUUUUCAGCCCUCCAAGGUAGGCAACUGUCUCUAAAGCUAAUGUUUUUGAAUGAGACCAUUGUCUCAAAGUGAUGUAUGUCCCAUUGAGGAUACAGGAAAAAGUUAGGAUGGAUUGAUCAAAUAGGGAAGGGAAUUUGAAUGGAACAUGGGUUUACUAAGGAAGCAAGAAUAGAAAGAGAACAAGAAAAGGCAUACACUGUCUAAAACUGUAACGGUAUUGAAACUGCAAAAUAUUUAAUUUGAAACUGUCAUCAACUAGACACACAUAAGUGUACAAGUCCCCUGUGGUUCCAAGGCAGGUAAACUGUAUUGUAUAGUUUAUUAAUUAAUGUAGAGUAUUGACUUGAUGUCUGUUGUGUGCAUGCUGUUUUAUUUGCCUUCUAAUUUCUCCUAUUGAUUUCUCUUCAGUCCAUGUCACAAAGCCAUUCAAAUGGAAGUAUCUCUCCUCACCAGGUGUUUGACACACAGUAUGAAAGGUAAUGUUUUAUAUUUUGCAUAUUGAACAGAUAGCAGAGUUGAAGUACAAUCUAUGACUGCAAAAUUGAAACAAGGAUUUGAGUAAUGUAUUUUUUUGUAAAAUGUAAUAUGUCAGAAUGCUUAUUAUAAGGGAGUACAAAAACAUGUCAUACUUAUUCUGUCCUCGUUAUUAAGUCAGUACCAUAAACCAAAAAAAAAAGACCGGGGGGCGGAGCCAACUGCCUAACGAGACGGACGCACACUAAGAGAUCUCCGGAGCGAUUGCCUUGUUCACGGCAGCUACCGGCCACAAAAUCCCAAGAUCGGCGACCAGGCUAAGGACUUACCUGCUCCACACCCGAUGGGGAAACGAUCCAAAAAACUCCGGGCCGAUGGGAGCCCGGGAACCCGAGAUAUUGGCACGUUUAUGCAGCAGCCUACAAGGCCCGCACCAACAAGGAUGGCGCCAGCGCCAGUCUCCACCUCAGACUCCUCUGAUGCAGAGUGUUUGCCAGAAGACCUCUCCACCUUUCCAGAGGUACAUAAAGCCACAUAACAGCUCCCAAUAGGGGGAGAUACUGCACCCUCAACUAAAGCAGACAUUAAAGCCCUUCUAUGUGAAAUACGGGCCAUGUUUCAAGCAGAUGUGGCUGGGGUGAGGGAAGAGGUGGCCACCCUUACUGACGGGCUUGUCAGAAUAGAGGAUGAUAUGGACACGACAAAAGUGGCACAAUCAGCCCCGUAGCUCACUGCAAAAGAGCAAUGCGGACCACCUAGCUAACAUGGAGGACACAAUGAAGGCAAGAAAUGUGAGGAUCAGGGGGGUCCCAGAUACCAUAACUACUGGAGAACUGCCUCACUUUAUUAGAAGACUCCUCCACACUACUUCCCCCAAAACAGGCGAAACAAGUUGUUAUGGAUCAUUGCUAUCGACUAACUAAGGCCCCUAGAGCCACUCCAGAGGCAUCGAGAGACAUCCUAGUUAAACUCGUCCGAGACUCAGACAGGGCGAAUAUCCUGGUGGCGACCAGAGAUUCCCUCACCACCGCUUUUGAGGGUCAUCAACUGACGUUUUACAGGGACAUAUCCCGCCACACCAUUGUCUGACGGCAGUCACUCCGCCAACUCACUCAGCACCUCCGGAAGCAAGGUGCCAUAUAAAUGGGGCAUACACAAGCUUACAGUCAAAAAGGGGGGCAAGACACUCUCAAUUACCCACCUCUCUGAAUCGCAUCACUUAUUAAGUGAACUGGGACUGCUCGAGAGCGCCUUCCCCUUUCCGCAACAACCCUCAUGGUCAAUGGACCGGAUUACCCCGUUUGUCCCCAGAGAGACUGCAGGGGGAUCCCGUGGCACGCCACCGUGAAGUAGACUUUCUCACUACGCUGUUCAACAUCCAUACACGCUCAAUGUGAACUCAAAUCACUCCUCUAAUUGCUAGCGAUGACAUUGUAUAUUGUUUCAGGGUUCACACAAUUUGAACUGGCUCCGAUAGCUGGAGCUAUUCUAUCUUUGACUAGUUGUACACCCCCCACCCCUACCUACCUACUCCGUUGACCAUAACCAACAGUAUUCACUACCUGGUAAACGCUACGUGACACAGGCUGACGAUGUUUAAUUUUACCAAGAAUAACUCGCUAUGACGGCAGACUGAGAACGAGACAGCAGAUAUAGUCAUAGCAGAUGAGCCGUAGCUCUCAUCUGCGCCCACCCCCUUACUUUUAAUAACCCAGAGGAAUUCAGGCUUUAAUACCCCUUCUGACGACGGAUGACUGCCUCGUGUUGUAAAAGUUAUAUUAUUAUUAUUAUGAUUAUUAUUACAUCAUAAAAUGUACUGCAUAUCUGAUAUGUUCUGUUAUAACACUAUGACCAAUGUUACACUGUUGAUAACAUGUCUUAAGUCAAGUUGUGCACCUUUAUAAAGCACAACAAAUUUUUUUUAAAAAUAGGGUUAUUAGCACGCCUCUAGUACUUUAAAAAAAAAAAAAAAACCUUGAAGGGAAGAAAUGUAUUGAAUCAUGGCCAUUUCUGUAUUUCAAACAAGUUUUGUUAGAAUUGUAUGUCGUUUUACCGUUCCUACAGCUCUGAAGAAUAUGUUGGCUUUAGAUAAAUAAUUGUAAUUCAGCAGUUGUCCCUUAAUGCAAAUAUCUUUUUGUUGGAGCUUGUUCUUUUUAAUAACCUGCAGAUAUCCCAGAAGCUUCACUACUUCACUAGAUCAGACAUCUGCCACGUUGUGAGGAUUAAAUAAAGUUUUUAUUGUGUUUGUGGCCGAAAGUAUGUAGACACUUUACCAUCACAUUUAUAUGGGCUUACGUAGAUUGUUCUUUUCGCUAGAACAGCUGCACCUCUUCUGGGAAGGCUUUCCACUAGAUUUUGGGUUGUGCCUUUAUGACUUUGUGCCCAUUCAACCAAAAUAGCAUUUGUAAGGUCAGGCACUGAUGUUGCACAAGAACAUCUGGUUAACGUUUGGCAUUCCAGCUCAUCCCCAGGGUGUUUAGUGGGGUUCAAAUCAUGGCCUCCACACCUGACUCUUCAAAACUGAUCUACAUGGACCUUGGAACUGUAGUAGCUUAUACCAAACUAUAAGUCUGCAUUACCAAACGUUACAGCAGACACUAUGCAUUCCAUUAGCUAGCAUUCAACACUGAGAUCAGAGUGCCUGAUAGGGACGUGUGAUUCAUCAUUUGAAAGAACAUGUUUCACUGCUACAAAGUCUAGUGGUGCUGUGCUUGAUGCCAUUGCACCUUGGCAUUGCAGAUCUUGAUCUGACACUUGUAUACAUCUCCUUGGUCAUGGAAACUCAUUUUAUGAAGCUCCCAAAAUAUAGAUAAUCUACGAUAAAUGUAUAUGUAAACCUGUAUAUAUAUAUUUAUUUAGAUCGAUCUAGAUCUCUAUGUGUGCGUGUAUUUUUCUUGGUAAUGUAUGUCUUUUCAUCUUUCCCAGGGCCUUGCAGGAGAGUAUUCUUGCCAACUCUCAGAGUAUACAAUCCAAUCUCAGUAGCCAUUCUCAGAGCUUUGACAAAGACUUGCAGAUUGCCAUGGAAUUGUCUGCCAAGGAAAUAGAGGAGCAGGAGAAACGUCGUCUUGAGGAGGAAGCCCAGCUGGAGGAGAUCUUAAAACUCUCUCUCAUGGAGAAAUAGGCCAUACAGCAAAUCAAGAAGAACCUCUGAUGAUAUGGGUCAGGCACUCACCUUUUUAAAACCAGCAGCUUUUUGCAGGCUUUGAGGGACAAGACAUCACUUCACAGACUCUGUAUCUACCAAAGAACUGAGACCUUUUUGAUAUAUUUUAUAUAAUUUUUUUUCUUUGCUUUUAUAAUGCUUUCAGGCCGGAGGAUAUAUCCUCGUUCAUUUGUUUGUUUUGGGUUUUUCUUUUGUUUUUUGUUUUUGGGAGGGGUUGUUUUAUUUAUAAUAAUUUUUUUUUCCAGUAUGAGGUUAUGCUACCUUUUUUUUUUUUGACCAAUCUUAAUCCGAGGACUAGGCAUUGAUGUAAACACUGUAACGUUUCUCAUCCAAUUUUUUUUGUUCGUUUUUUUCAAAAAUCCAUGAAAUGCCAGUGUGUCUUACGCACAGAAGUGCAUUUUCUCUCAGUAAAACUUAAGACAAAUGCCUCCAUAUUUAAACAUCAGGUGAUAAUUCUGUAGCCAUGGGUGGAUCACAUAUGUGUUUCUGAUCCAUCUUUUUAACAUUUGUGUUGCUCACUUGCUCCUUGAUGCAGUGUUUAAAAAGAUACACAUUUACCACUCAGAAGAGGCCAUAAACUGUCAGAUUCUGUCAUGGACACAGGAGGUUGGAGAAAAUGAGCACAGCCUCAAAUUAAUGGUGUCUACAGCAAACCAGUACCCUUUUGUGUGCACCAAAUAAAGGUAUACCAUUGAUUUGAGACUGUGAUUGACCAUUAUUACACCUCUCCAACUGGUUUUGCCGGAACCGGCGUUCGUGACCCUUUUGUGGUAUUAGUGCUCUCCUUUUACAAUAUUCCAAUAGGUAGUGCUAGUGAUUCACCCACUGCCUAGUAAAAGGUUAGGAUGCAAUGCUUCCACUGGUAUGCAUGCAGAGUUAUUUAAUGCAAUAUUCUUGCAGGAGAGCACUGUCCACUAGCCUAUCACUGUCCUGUCAAUGACGGUUCUGCUCUAAAAUGGCAGCCAUCUCUGUGCUGUAAAUUAUUUUGAUAUACUUCAUAUUUAAUAGUUUCAAUCUAGAAUUCUUAAUGAUUGUCUAGUUUUUUUUUUUUUUAUGUUUUUCUUUUUUAAAUGUAUAAAUUAAGUUUCUUAAGUGAGAGAAACUUGGACCUUAAAUUGCUAAUUCUUAUUUAUUUUUGGCUCAUUGUACAUAUUUUUUUAUUUUUUCCCCCUUCUCUGAAAUGUUUAAACUUAAAGGAUUAGGGAAAAACCCUUAGUUAUUAAUAAAUAUAAGUAUAUAAUUAAAGAUCAGAUCCUAAUCCUUUUUAAAAUUUUCAGUAAAUGCAUUAGUUUAGACCAUUUGAUAUCCCAUCCUGCGAUCAUACAGGCUGUGCUAAUAACCUGAUCUCUGAAAGUCUGCUUUUUUUUUUUUAACCAUUGAUCAAUAAUCAUGUUUGGGAAAUUGACAGAAGUCAUUGCACCAUCUGCUAUUGAAUAGUUUCAGGGAUGUUCUCAACAUGCCCUUGGCACUAGUCUGGAUGCAAAUACUAUUAAUAUAGAUUUGUGCUAUUCCACAGUUACCUGAGAAUAACUAUUUUGGUGCUACAGAUAGGAUAAUUUGGAGUGCAUUUUAUUCCAGACUUAAUAUACUAUUCACUGGGAAUGCACUCUUAAAAGGGAAUAUCUAUGAAAUAUAUUUUUUGCUUUUUUUAAAGCAUGGGGGAUUGCACCUUUUUUAAAUAGUGGAAUUAAAUUUAUUAAUAUAAUGUUUGCAAUAUGUCAAUGCAAGGUCCCCAUUGAGAGGCAGCAUUUACAGUCACUUGAUGGUUCAGCAAAACACCCUUCAAAUAAUUAAAAAGGUUCAACACAACUUUUUUAUACAUUUCAUUUCCUCUCUCAGAAUAUAUAGUGGUAUAAUAUAUAUAUUUUUUUCUGCUGUAAGAUAUUGAUCUAAUCACUGUAAUGCAAAUGAUGGAUUUCAUAAUCUUGAUAUGUAAACCUCUGUUUAGGACAGGUUCCAAGCCAUGCAGAAGAUAUGUAUAUGUAAGCAGGAAUGUUGUGUGUUAUUAUCAAUUCUGACAGAGUUGACUAAUCCAGGUGUUCAGAUAUGUUGUAUAUGGAGUGCAUGGUGUAUGAAUAAAGUCGUUGUACAAAUGUUUUAAGCUAGUUCUGCCCCAGUGUGUCCAUUUUUUCCCUUUAUAAUAUGUGAUUAGCACACUAUCUGGGUUAUUCACUGAAGUGAACAUUCAAGGGGAUUUCAAAGUAAAUUUGAAAUUUAAGGUCAAAAUAGCCAGAGUGGAAAAAUUCAGUGAUUGUUUCACUUCAGCUACUCUGGCCUUAAAUGCAAAAUUCACUUUGAAUUCUCACUUUAGUAAAUAACCC